GGACGAAAUCAAAAUGGCGGUGGUGAUGGAAGGUCCUCUCUCAAAAUGGACAAAUGUCGUGAAAGGAUGGCAGUACCGGUGGUUUGUUUUAGACGACAAUACGGGGCUUUUGUCCUACUACACGGUUAGUGUUAUUUCUUUAAGCAUUUUGCUUAAGUUGGACAGAAAUUGCAGGAAGAAAACGCAUCUUAAGAAUGUUCUCCCUUGAAAUUGUCCUCGACUUUUCUAAAAUGUUUCGUCCAUCAAGCGAAACCAUGCAAUGCAAGAGUCAUAUCAGAAAGUAUAAUCGAUUUAACCGUUAAAUUUAGGGAACAAUAUUGUUGUGUGCUUUCAAGGCUACCCAAAUGAAGAGCAAUAUUUUAACAUAUGUCUGAUCUUUUAUUAUAAUAAAUAGUUCAUGUCAUCACUUGUUUUUAAGUCACCUGAUCUUAGCUUAGUCAUGACCCGGCAAACAGCACACCAAAAAUAUGCUGUGUUGCUGUACAGCGUACAUUAGUUACAUUUAUAAAGGAAAAUGACAUAAAAGGUUUUUGGCACUAAAAAUGAAUAUAUCAAUACAUUUUAUUACAGACAUUCAGUUUUGAACUCAAAACAUUCUUAACCUCUAAAAACCCGUUAGAAUUCAUUUCCAAAUCCAUCAUUUAAUGAAAUAGUGCCCUGAAAACAUAACAUGACUGAAUUAUCUCUGAUAUGAAUUGUUAAAACCAGCUUCUUGUUGUUUUGAAAUUUGUACCUCCCAGAGGUGAAUGGUCGUUUGUUUAGUGGUGGACAAAACACUGACUCUCAGUCCAUGGACCAGGGGCACCCAAUGAGAAUAUAGUUCAAAACUACUUAAACAUAACAUUGUUAAAUGUAUUUUAGUAUUUAAAUGGUAGAUAUAGACAUAUUGUUAUCCCCUAAAAAUUUUUCAUCUGUUCGGAUUUUCUAGCUGAAAGUCUAGUGAUCCAAAAAUCACAGGGAUCAAAACUUACCUUUUCGAAAAUUUCAGCCAGAAAAAAGGCUCCUGAAAAUUCUAGGUGAUCUUUUUAGGGUAAAAAUCUGUUAAAAAUGGGCAAUUAUACCAUUUUUUAGGUUUUCGAAAAUCCUAGGAGAGGCAGGCAAGCAAAAAAUUUUACAUCAAAUGUUGCGAAAAUUCUAGAUCUCGAAUUGUCUUCUGAACAGAUAUUUUCCGAAAAUUGACGUUGGGUGCCCCUGAUGGACUACUGCCAUAGACUAACUAUAUGGACUAUGCUGCUGAAGUUAAUUGAUUUUUAGGAAACUGAGUGAAUCAGUUUCUAUUUGGUGUCAUUACAUUAGGAAAACUGACCUGAAACUUGAUUCACUUAGUUUCCUAACCCUUAAUACUUACUUUCAGCAGCAUAGUCCAUUUUAGGAUAGUCCAUGGGGGUAGUCCAUGGACUGGGGGUCAGUGUUUUAUGAGCCAUACCUUACAAAACAAGGUUCUGGUCCCUUUUUACAGGUGUUUUUGAAAAUUUGCAAUGCGUAAAGUCUCCAUGAUUUUUAUGGGGCGAUUAAGUUGGCGAGGCCUACCUUGGAUUUACGAUAAUCAUUGUUUGAACAAGAAGGUCUUGGUUUGUAUUUUUAUACUUGGAAUUUUUAGUCCUAACAAUUAUUUCCUUUUCAUAAAUUUUGCAGUCCAAGGACAAAAUGAUGAGAGGUACAAGAAGAGGAUGCCUGCGUUUGAAAGUACGUAAAUUGUAACGAGGGUACUUUUUGAUAAUAUUAUUACCCCAUUCACCCUUGAAGAUUUUGCAAACAUUUUUGCAGCUAGUUGAGCCCUUUCCUGGUCACCAUUUGGCCAAAAAGAGCCAGACAUUUUGAAAUUUCUUUUGAAUUGUCUACUUGCAUAAUUAAGUGAGAGUUUUGUCAGGUUUUUUAUUAAUUACUCACAGAAUUUAUCAACCCAAGCUUUUACCUUGUACUGUGAAAGCGGAAUCAACCACAAAAGCUAAAAAAAAAAAGGUACAGGCGCACCCCCCACGGCCGAGGCCCAAAUAUUCGGGGCUUAUCCCAGUUUCCUUAGCAUGAAGCAUGCCUAAGAGUCCUGCUAGUCCCCCCUACAUGGGAUACUAGUCCUUUGCAAGUUUUUUCCCAGCAGUAUGUUGCUGGUACCCAUUUGAAUACACUUGGGUGAAGAGAGAUAAAGUGGAGUAAAGUUACUUGUCUAAGGACACAAUGCAACUGGCGAGGCCUGACCCUUGGACCUGCAGAUCCGGAGAUCAAGGUGUUAACCACUCGGCUACACAUGCCUCACAAUAAUUCAACAUAUUGUAUUGCAAAGUCAAUGCUCUUGAUAUUUUAACAGUUCUUUCCACAACUGGCAGAAAGGUCUGAAUUUUGAUAUUGCUAUUACUGGUAAUAAAUUUUCUCAAUUAAUAUACCAAAAUAUUCCAUUAUUCUGUUAAAAAUUUAAAAAACAAAUCACUGCUCAGUAGCUUUCAUCUAAAUGGUCUCCUGUAUAUUUAUAGGUCUUCACAAAUGCACCUCCAGUCCUCUGUCUCUGUUAGAGAUGGUAACGAAUGAAAACCCCAAAACUUGAUCUAGUGUCACAACACUUACCUAGUGAAAGAACUUUAGGAAGCAGGGUUGUCACUAAGAUUUCAAGUUGCCGGGUAAAUACAAGAAGUAGGCGGGGAAUCAAACGGCUAGGGAUUUCUUUUGGUUCUAUUUUUCUUCUAUUUUCCAAUAAAAGUAGCCAGGGACCACUCUCUUAGUAGCCGGGGAAAAUCCCCGGCCCCCGGCUCUUAAUGACAACCCUGAGGAAGUGUCUUUUUUCUUUCAUUUUUCACACAAAGAAGUGGUGGUGGAGGGGAGAGGGUAAGGCCCUCUGCUCUCCCUCCUCCCUCCUGCAUGAUCCCUGUUUUUGACUCAAAUAUUUAUUUUAGGGGGCAAACAUUGGUAUUGAUGAUGAAGAUGAUAGCACUUUUACCAUCAACUGUGAUCAAAAAACAUUUCACUUUCAAGGUAUGUUUACUGAUAGUGGUGUAAGGUUAUGUAUGAUAAGAACUGUGGAAAUGAAAAUUAUAUUCAAGAUUACAGCAGUUGUGCAAUGCCAUGCAUUCUCAUUGCUGAAGAAAUUGAUCAAUCUUAUUUUUCUUUUAACAUAGUAUUUAGUUAAGGCAUGUGGACUAUCUUCAGCUCCUUAACCUAUUUGCUCCUGGGAAUUUUCCUGAAAAUCAGGUUUUUAAGCUACAGUCUCAGACAAAAGUAGCUGGGACACUUCCACCCAAUGCUGUUUUUUACCUUCUGCCCGUCUCCUCACCCUCCCAAAUGUUAUUUAUCACAGUUAACUCACCAAAUCUUGUGCACCAACUUUGGGAGGGCAUGAAGACAGCAAAGUGUCCCAUGUUCAAUUUUGACUGAGACUGUAGUUGAGUCAUUUUCGGGUCACUGUCUUGCUUUAAAGAGCUAAAACAUACCAAAACACUGUUGACAUGUCAUGCAUUAGGCAACGUUCUGAUCCAGAUGCAAAAUAUUAGUUUCCGAAGUUCGGGCAUGUGCAGAAAGCAAAAUUUUGAGAUAGCUGUUGGGGUUAACGGUGACACAGCAGACUUGACAUUUUCUUUCUCCUUCCCUCUUCUUUUGCUUUUCUUGUCUAAUUUUUUUUUUCUUUUGCUGGGCAUGAAAUAGGCUUCAUUUAGGUUGUUGGGAAAACUUUUAGGAUCUUAGGAUUAGAUGGAAGAAAAGGUAGGUGGGUAGUGAAACCAGAUUUUUCUGGGGAAUUUUCAGGUCAAUGUGUUAUAUGUUUUUUUUUUGCCUUUUACUCUGGCCUCCUUGACUGAAUCAUGCUCACUCUGGUAUGAUUUGAAAGAUCUCUUCACCCUGCGCAAGUUAGCUGACAAAGUUGUUCUUAAACGUUAAAACUGAUGACAUCACAAGCUGUAGAAGGGACAUGUGAUCCUCACGGGUGGUUAGGGGCAGUUGAGGGGCGAAUAGGUUAAAUAACCAAUCAGUUCCAUACAUGUAGAUCUUUCUUGAUUCAGACAAAUGGCAAUUUUACUGCUGAUGUUUACAUAAACUUUAUAGCAUAAUUAUGUACAUUUACCUAUAUAGUAACUGAUAUUGAUUUUGUCAGCUCGUGACUCGGAAGAAAGAGAACAAUGGAUCAGAGCAUUGGAAGACACCAUCAAAAGACAUUCCCAAUCAAGAAAGGUUCGUUGUAAAUUAAGUUUUUAAAGCCAGUGUAUCAACUUUAGAAAUUUUUAGCCCUGAUGUGCGAAAAUACCAGUGCAGAAAACAUAAUAUGAAUUGAAAACAUUUUUGAACUUUGGGAUAAAUGGGCUAAGUUCCAAAAUCCAGGAGUUGGGUGACCUGCGCCGGAGACAGGGAGACUUUUGUGCCAAAUCCAGUAGACUCCUGAUAAGCUGGAAGAGUUGGUGUAUCUGCCAUUACCCUUACAAAACUAUUAUUGCAAAUUUUAAAAUAUGAAUUGACAGACUGUGCACGAUUUGCCCCAAUUUAUCAGACAACAAAAGUAUAACAGGGCCUUCUAUUUUUUGCCCAGAUUUUUAAAAUAUUUCCAUGUCUAAAAUUAAAAUUCCAUCUAUUUCCAGGAUUUCUGUGAUCUUUAUGAACCCUGUAGAUGAAAUUUCUUUUGUCUGAGCACAUGUAGUUUCUUUUACUUGUUUAAUUAAGAUCAGUCUAUUUGUUUUAUGUUUGAUUCAGCGACCAAUGCCUGGCUUUCAGACAGUCUUUGACCCAUCUCAAGAAAACUUGGAAAUGCGUUUGGCAGAAGCUGAGGCAUAUCAAAAGAUCCUUGAGCAGCAGAUCAAGGUUGUAUUUUUUAUAUACUUAGGAUCAUAGAUAAAACCCCACUGAGCUACAACAUUAAUUUUGUAAACUUGAGAAUCCAUAUUUGCAUAGGCAAGGCGUAUUUAAUUUGCAUAUGCAAGGCAUUUGGGAAUGAAGUGUAUCCUUUGCACAUUGGAAUACCUCGUGCAGGCAGGUGGGCAGACUAACAGACAGACAAAUGGAUGGACCGACGGAUCAUCCACUGGCAUUCAGUUCCCUUUUAAUUUAAAGAAUAAUCAUGGAGUUAUCUUGCUUGGAGGCAGAAAAGUCCCAAUCAGGGAACUAAUUCCCUGGUUGGGACUUGUCUCACUUUUGCAAAUGAAUUUUUAUGGACCGGCUAAAAUAUCCAAAAAUGGGAUUAGAUGGAAGGGCUGGACAGACAGACUGAAGAGAUGGACGGAUGUUUUCUCCAUCCAAAUGCUAGAAAUUUCAGUCAUUAAAAAGUCAACAAAAAGAAAUUUAAAAACACAACUCAAUGUUUACAAUAUAUUUCUAAGACAUACAAGCAGAUAGACAGACUGGACAAGUGGAUAGUUUUUCUUUUUUACAAUAUAGCAAACUUGUGUUAUACCCAAUGGCUAGAAUUUUCAGUCGCAAAAAAGUGAACAUAGAGUAAAAAUUUAAAAAUCAUAUGAUAUCUCAAUGUUUACAAUAUAUUUAUAAGAUGGACAGAAACGGGAAUGGAUGGACGGGUAGAUGGACUGGACUCCUGGAUGUUUUUUCUUUCUUCUUGUACAGCAAACUCGUGUUAUACCUAAAGGCCAGAAUAUUCAAUGGCCAAAAAGUCAAUAUAAAUUUAAAAUUUAAAAUCGUAUCUCAAUGUUAUCAAUAUAUUUAUAAGACAUACUGACAGAGGCACCGGACAGAUAGAUUUUUUUUCAAUAUAGCAAACUUUUGUUAUACCCAAGUGGCAAAAAAGUCAACGUAAAGUAAAAUUUACCAUCAAAUGACAAUUUUUACAAUAUAUUUAUAAGACGGACCGAUAGACGGAUUGGAUGGACGGAUGGAUGGACGAACGGAAAAGAAUGGAGCAGGCAAUGGGGAGUCGUGGAAUGGGGGGAACGGGGCAACCGGGGAACUGGGGCACCAGAGAACCGGGGGAAUGGGGAAUGGAAGGUAUGUGUAAUUGAGGGUUGACACCUUAUGUGGGUCUUAGAACAGCAUGUCCAAUUUUAUAGAGGCUUGUGUAUUACUUCAUGUAACGCUAAUAUACACAGUCCUCUACGACUGGUGUAGUUUUAUUAAAUUUUGACCCUGCUCACCAUAGAGCCUUCAGUAGCUCAGUGGUUAGAGUGUCCGAACUAGAACUCAGAGGGUCAUGAGUUCAAUUCUCACAUGGAGCUCAGAAUUUUUUCUGAGCUUUUUGGUAUUAGAAUUCUCCUUCUUAAUUUGAUUUUAGAUUUUAAACUCCCAAAUGAAUGCUGAUGGUGGAGCUCAGGAUUCAGAGGUAUGUGAACAUGACAUAUUAUUUUCGAUCUUCCCUACACAGGGGCAUACCAAGGGGGGUCCUGGGGUGCCAGUGAGAUAACAUAAAAUUUAUGAUACUCACCAUUCAUGCCGCCUCUUGCUAAAAGACAUUUUGACUUGAUGAGCUGUGAGACUAAAAUAGAGUAAUUUAUGUUGGAAAUUAAUUCAUCUAUGCAGCUAUUUUUUUGGCUCGUCCCUCCCACCAUGCUCACUGCUCAUCUGAAAAAAAAUGUCAGUUUUAGUAAACCAUGCCAAUCAACAUGCCAAUCUGGUACAUACCCUGGGUGUGACACGGUGUGACCCUGGGUCCCCUUUACAAACUCUUAGCUACGCCCUUCUACACUUAUUUAGAUACACUUUUUCUUAAACUUUAUGUGGUAUAUUAUAUUUCAAACAAUUAAUUGUUAAUGCCUACUGUUUUGUAUUUCAGAGAUAUGCCAUCCUUAAGGACACUUCUCAUGUAAGUUUUUCUGAUAGUUUUCUUCUUUUGUUGAUUCUGUGGAGUAUGUCAGUAGAAUCCAGUAAUACUAUUAACACUGCUUUGCAAGCUAAAUUAGUUGAAUUUCCUCGGAAUCAUUAAAUCAAUAAUUAUUUAUUUAUGAAUUUUAUUUUAAUAAGUUUCUCAACAGGUACCUGUUCUUGCAUAAUUUGUGCAUAUAGUUUUGUGGCUUUUUUUAAAAUUCAUUUAGCAGUUGUUUUAAGUUAGUGUACAUUAGGCAUGUGCAUUUGCCAUUGCAUGUAGUUCUAGAUUAAGUUAUCACAAGAUAUAACGGGUGUUAACUCACAAAACGUAGAAUCCUUUAUCUUAAAACGUCAGAAGUGUUUUAUAUAAGGUAGUAUUAGCAACAAAAGACUACCUGGCUGUUUGGAGUGAGAACUGAAAGGCAAGUGUUAGUAUAAUCUCUGUUUCAUGCCCAUGUGUUUGUUUAAGAAAUGCUUUUUUUUACAUUAGAGUCCAGUAGAAUUAAGCAGUGGGAACAGUUACUUUUUAAAAAGCAAACCCGAUUUUUUUUAUUGACUAAAGCUUAUUGCCAAUUUCCAGAUGUCAUAAGACCACAGCAGUUAACCAUUGUAAGGAACUAGGAACUAAGCAAUAGAGGCUAGUCUUUGUCUGUGUUUCAGUGCUGUUUUUGCCAUGUCUGCCUUUACUUGUUUUUUUUUUUAUGUAGCUUCUUUACCAGUCUUAAACUAUUGUAAGCCUUUAAAUAAUGUAAUAACUCCUUAGGAAAAUUGGUCACAUCUUAAUGACGUGUUUCAUGGAUUUUAAGGCCUACAGGGGCAGGGCCAGUUGCUUAAACCUUAAUUUCAGGUGUCACUGCUAUCAUCUGGCAUUAAACCUUUAGGCCCUAGAAGUGAUCACCAUCGAUUUUCUCCUUACGAUAUCAAUACACAAUCAAGAAAAAAGGUUAUGAGAAUAUCAAAGAAAAGAAUUUGAUCUUCAAAUAGUUUCUCUAAAUAGUUCUUCAAGGAAGUAUUUGGAGAUCAAUGUUGAGACUUUUUGUAUGUGGCUAAAUGCAAAUUAGGCGAGGUUAAACACGAGACAAUGCUGGCCAGCGGUCUCCACCACUAAUCAUAUGUGGGGUGGUCUUGGGCUUUAGCAGGGCUUUAGUAAUUUUACAAAGUCAUAGUAGGUGUUGGUGUAUGGUCUCUGUUAAGGAUCAAAAAAGCCAGAACCACGCCCAAAUUGGUUUCUUUCAGGGUUUAAGCCUUUAAGCCCCAAUAUCCACAUACAAAUUCUCCAAACUGAUCUCCUGACAUUUCCUGUAAGAAUUACUUGAGAGAAUUUAAUAAAAGAUCAAGUCGUUUUCUCUUUGGUGAUCAUUUUAUUAAUUCUCACAACCUUAUCUCCUGACAAUGUAUGGAUAUUGUUAGGAGAAAAUUGAUGUUGGCCACUUCUGGGACUUACAGGGUUAAUUCUGAAUUUUUGCGGAGCAUCACAGUCCCUGUCAAAUCGGGGACCAUGGAGCGACCUUCCUGUUUUACACUGAAAGUAUGCUUGAUAACAGAAUGGGGCACUGAAAAGGAAGCACUGUCCUUAGCUACAGAUAGUAGGGAGUUUUAGAUACCACGAUGGCGACGGCCACGAAAACGACUCUUAGAAAGUGAAUUAGCCUUCUUUUAAUCUCUAUCGCGAUUAUUCCAACUCGCCUACUUUGUAAAAUGUGAGCGGACUCUUUUGAAGCCGAAUUUCUAAGAACCAUAUCCAAUUCAGGAAGAGAAAGAAAAUUUCGUCAUCGCUUGUUUACGUUCACCAUAAAACGUGAAAUUAGGCAUUUUCACGUCGCAGUCGUGCAGUGACGGCAACGAAAUGUACAAAAAAGCGUGAUUUGCUUGCAGAGUUGUCGCUUUACCUUGUCAACCUUUUGCUUUUUUGACAUUCUCGUUUUCGUCACUGUCGUGGCAUCUUAGAGUCACUAAAAAUCUGAUAUGAACGCAGCCAUUGUUAUUCUAAUAGAAUCCACUUUAUCUUUCAUUGCGACAGAAAAUGCUGGAGUCAAUGAAUCAUUGUUUAAACCAGAUGCACACAGUUAAGGUAACUAAGUAAUACAAUCAUCAUCAAUAUCAUCAUCAUCAUCAUCAUCAUCAUCAUCAUCUGAUCUUUUCUUCAUGCUGACAAUAACUAAAAGGAUGGAAGAAAUAAGUCAAAUUAAUGUUAAUAAAACUUAGGACACACUCUCCUUGGCAAUGAUACGUUUGAAGGCCAGAAUGACUCCUGAAUAAUCUAUUGUAUUUUUCUGACGGCUUUUCAUUGUUUGCCAACUUACAUGUCAGGCCGUGUUGGGUAUACAAUGAGCGUAAGACAAUUUAACGGAGUUAACAUGUAGAAGCGCUUGACUUUCCUUUGGGUUCAGAGACACUUGGGUACGUGCGCAUGCUCUAGGACUUGUACAUGCACUUGAACCCUAGUGUGUUGUAGCAUAAGGAGUGUUUCAUAAGUAGUAGGACUUUUUCUUGAGUGUUUGGGCUUUUGUCAUAGGCUGUUCCUCCCCAUCAAUUCCCCUCUGUCUUUCCACUGUUUUAUCAGUGUGAGGGUGCCUUUGCCCUUCCACUCCCAUGUGGGGGCUCUUGGCUUAGUUGCCCUGAUUUGAAAGGCAUGGGAGUGGUCAAGGAUUUAUCGUUGGGGGGAGAAGUCCAGAGUGGCUGAAGCUUACGAGUUUCCUAGGGGGGUCGGGGGGCAUGCCCUCCGGAAAUUUUUUUGAAAUGAAUAUGCGCUGAGAUGCAAUUUGGUGCAUUUUGAGACACAAUUUUGAGAAAUGUUACAAUGUGUGCACUGACCUCGUCGCGUCGAGAUGAUUUUUUCUGAUAUAGUUACUUAUAUAUUGUAAUGAUAACAAUCUUUUUGGGCGGGGCAAGCUGGGCAUUUUGGGGGGGAAGCUUCUACCCCUAAAAUACCCUAGAUAGAACCUGGUAGCAGCUGGCUGAUGAUAGCGGAAGCUCCUGGAUAUCUAGGAAAGCCAGCCUCCACUUUGCAAGGCAGUUAUUUAGUACAUUCAGUCUAGAUCCCUUUGCACUUUUCUCAUUUCAGGCAGAAUGUGAGAAGGCUAUAAAGAAUUCAGUGUUACCGGAUAAUCAUCCUUUGAUGCCAGUGGAUAGUGACCACUUCUCUGCCAACAUGUCAAACGUUUCUCUGGAACAUAACAGUCAAACCACAGAUGAUAUACCAAAUAUAGAUUCUGAAAGCCCAGGGGAGCAAAACACACUUAAACCAAGUAAAAGUGACCCUUCACUCAACACCAGAGACAAAACCUCUUCUCUCUCUAGCGAUGAAGGUCACGAUUUACCGUCAUCGAAGGCAACGUCAAGAUCUAACAAUGAACUGUUCUCAAAAAGGAGAACUGUCCCCACCCAUUUAGCGGUUGAAAAUUCCAUCCUACAACCCCAAGUGAGUUACAAAGUAUCACCUACUCGGGAUGGCAGUGUUGUGCCAUUUACGUCUUACUCGAGUAGCGAAGAUGAAGAUGAAGCAGAGUUUUUUGACGCUGAUGAGUUUCAUGAGUCAGAAUCAGCCCAUUCAAGGUCAGUGUGAGGUUUGACUUACCGUAGAAUUUUAUGUAGACUCAAAAAGCAAGAAGCAACAAGACUUUAUGUGCAAAAUAUCAUCAGCACCAUCAGCACCUUGGCCAUCGUAUUAAUUACAUAGCUAUCAUCAUUAUUAAUAUAAUUAUCAUCAUCAUUAUAGUCACCAUAGCUGUUAAUUUAAUUCUUUUCUCUCGUUGUAGAGAAUAGUGUCGUCAAUUUAGUAGGCAUCGUAAAUUUUGUGUCAGUGCAGCGUUUUUUAUAACUUUUAGGUAAGAAUUGUCUCGGGUUUGGUUGGCUCAUGUUACUUGUAAAGGAAUGUUGAUUGUGAUAACUUUUAUUUCAUUUUGUCUUCACAGUUCUCCUCCAAGGACAAAUCCUUUCUCGGCAACAAAAGCGUGGACGGAUCGCGGUAAGAAAAUAUACAUGACAAGCGAAUUGUCUGACAUUUUGAAGUGGGGCAAACUUUGCUUUAAUACAUUAUUUUUGUGGCAGUUGAUGACCAUUAAAAUCUGCAACAAAGUUUUUGAGAUAUUAAGAAAUGUGGUAUAAAGUUUUUCAUAUGAGAACAAUAUUUUACAUAUGACCCUUGUGGAAUAUUAUACUCUCACUACAUCUUUAGGUACAUUCAGACCAAACAUUCUAAUUUCCAGGGUUACGAGACCAUACACUAGGUUUCUCUGACUGUAUCAUUGUGGGCAGCCAUCUUCAAAAGUUAUUGGACUCUGCGGCUAGUGUCAUUUUUGAAUCUCAGUUUCAAACCGGCCCAUCAACGUAGUAAUUGUGAUGGUGAGGGUUACAGUUCUAACGGUUUCUCCUAUUCUCUGUCAUAGAUGAAUUUGAAAUUGAAGAUGAGGACACCGUUGGAGGGGACCGUGAGUCUUGAACCCUUAAAUUUCCAAUAAUGAAAUGUAGAUUCUCCUCUCUUAUCUCAUAAGAGAGGAGGAGCCUCUUAUCUCUUAAAGGGAGGCAGCGUGGCCGAGUGGUCAGCGCGUCGGACUCGCAAUCCGGCAGUCCCGGGUUCGAGUCCCGCUCUGGCCACUUGCUGGAUUUGUGCUCGGUCGUCCCGAGUUCAAAUCCUCGGCCACGCUUGUAAAAAGCCAACUGGUUGCCUUCUGCCAGUUGGGGUUUUUAAUCCUGUUAUGUUGUAUUUGAAUUAUUUGUUUCUAAAUAUUUGAGUGGAGUGCCUGUAAACUAGCUGACUAGCUAAGUGCAAUUUCCACUAUAAACAAGCCUUUUUAUACGUUUAUUAUAAAAAAAUUCGGGCAGAAAUUGUGAAAAUACCGUAAAAUUCCGAAAUUAAGCCCCUCCAUGUAUAAGCCCCUCCAAAUAUAAGCCCCCCCAAACCGGUAACGUAUAAAACCCUCCGUAAAAUCGGGGCUUGUAAUUGGAAAAUUGCCCUCAAAUACAAAGUAAAACAAAGCAAAAACGGUAAAUUUACUUCCAACUAUAAGGCUAGCCCAAUCGAUUUUGAGACGCAAAUUUCCCUCCGUAGAUAAGCCCCUCCGAAUAUAAGCCCCUCCAAAAAUAAGCCCCUCAAAAAGAGCCUUUGAAAAAUAUAAGGUCCGGGGCUUAUUUUCGGAAUUUUACGGUAUCACAAGAAUUAAUCCUGGAUGGUCGUGCAGUUAUUUCUCGCGACCUUUCUGAGUCUUAAACCCUGUUACUUUUCCCAUUACAGUUGAUGCUAUCGACAAACACAGUAGCAUUAUUACACAUCUACUAUCGCAAGUGCGACUUGGAAUGGACUUGACAAAGGUAAGAGUGAACGCGUUGUUACAAUUCGUGUAGUGUGCAUUAUAACAAGCGGUACCCCGUGCGAGGUACUUGUCAUCAUUGAUAUCCGAAGUUGACUCCGUGUUUUUCGUAGACUCCCGAAGAUUUCCGAGAGUGAUUUGGGGAGUGGGGGGAGGGGGGAGAAGGUUUGUGGAGAUUUCCUCAAGUAUGUACCUUUGAAAAUAUUGGAUUAAUUCUUAUGAUUUCGAGAACAGUACAAGUGAUGACUGUAAUUUUUCAAACUGCGAGAGCCUUGGAGCAAAUACAACUUUAUUCUUUUUAUUAUUAUCCUAUUAAUUUGGUGAUUUCCAAUCAUUAAUGUAGGUCGUGUUACCAACCUUUAUUCUUGAGAGACGAUCUCUUCUAGAAAUGUACGCUGAUUUCUUCGCCCAUCCUGAUCUUUUUGUUGAGUAAGUAAAUAUUUCCAUCAGUAAAAAGAUGUCUUACUUGUAAAUGGUAAAUUGCCGCUAUUUAAACCGUUUUUAGUCAUUUUGCUCAAUAAUUCAUUUUCCACUUGAAAUAAUUGUAUGCAUUUUAAAUUAUAAUCGGUUUUGACGAAGACGUCUGUGGAAUUUCCCUUGUUACAGUGCUGUAGUUAGUCCGUGUUACACAGUAAACAUAACUGAAUAUAACACUGCCAUUUGCAGUCACAGUAAACUGGCCUGAGUUAUACUGAAUUUCUUAACUUCAAUAAAAAAGUCAAUGCCAAGAGCGUUCAACUCUUUGGGAUGCGCUUAGUUUAUUGUGUUAAGAUAAAGUAGAUUUUAGUUUUCCACCCUCCUUCAUUUUACUAGCUUUAUUUUAUUUUACCAGCUUAUCUCGACACAGGUUUGCCCAGUCGGAAUGGGCCCGAACGGGACUCAUAGGUCCCAUGCGAGGUGCCAUCCGUACCCAAUCACACAAGCCGUAAAGGUUGGCAGCACCACCAGGAUCUACGUUCCCUACGUCCCCGGGGUCGUCGCCCAUGUAAGGGUAUCCGGAUUUCGGGAUCUGGGAAAUUUUUGCUUGAGGAAUCCGGAAUACAGUUCAAGGAGUCCAGAAUCCCACUAACGAUUGGAAUCCAGAAUUCAAGUUCCACUAGACUACGAGUAGUCGCCCAUUUGUCCUCAGGGAUAGUAGAGCGAGCGAAACGCGAGCGCGCGUGAAAAUCACCCACGCGAGAGAGGCGAGACGCGGUGGGGAGAUUUUGGGGACUACUCGUAGUCUAAAGUUCCACUGACGAAGAAUCUGGAAUCAGUACCUGAAAUCCAUAGUCCAUGGCAUGGAAUCCAGAAUUUAAGAGUAAACUGUCUUGGAUUGCCUUACAUGGGGCGACCUCCUAGUCUGCUACACAGCCGUUUUUAGUGUCGUCACGCAACCUUCCUGGGGAGGAGAGUUGCGUGACGACACUAAAAACGGCUCUGUGGAAGACUAGCGACCCCCAGUUCUAUCAUGUUUCAUACUAACUGUCUCGGUUUUUGGUUUUGCAGUAUUGUGAACCAUAAUGACCCAAGAAAUCGUAUCGUAGCAGUCGUUAAAUGGUAUUUAUCUGCAUUCCAUGCAGGUCGUAAGGUAGGGUUUCUUUAGUAACAUAACUAGAAGCCAUUCAUUUCAAAAAUGUGAUUAGAAGAAUGCCAGUAAAAAAUGUUAUUUUUUCCCCAGAGUUCGGUGGCAAAGAAACCUUAUAAUCCCAUCCUUGGAGAGACCUUUCGCUGUUUUUGGGUCUUACCCGAGUGCGAGUCUUCCAGAACAGAGGUGAGCUACAUGUGAUAUUCAAUUGGAAAACAGUGAGCAUCAAAAUAGCUUUCAUUUCUUUCGCUGUUGCGUUCGUCUUUGUAGUGAUUGAUUGAUUGGCUAUAAAAUCUCACGCCACUUUCACGACCAAUCAGGAGAGGAACCGGUCAUGACUUGGUCGCACGAAGGUCGCGCACGUAUGUUCUAACUUGACCAUUGACAGAGCGACAAAUUGAUUUCAGUCCUAUUCGCGCGCAUUUGGGUUGUCUUUUGACGUCGCGCUGUCUCUGUAAAGUUUUUUAGUCAAGUUUUAAUUUAACUGCUGUCCAUGUCCUUUUACGGCACUUUGCCUCGUUCCUAGGCGUCUCAAGUGUUUGAUAGAAUACGCGACUGUAAGCGAUCAAGGAGUAUCGCGGAAUGGACCAUAGGAACGUUAGGCGUUGGCGCAAAGGAUGCUGGGAAGGGUACCUCUUUCCCACAAUCCUUUGUGCGGAACCAAAAUCGCUCCUUUCGCUCUUCAUAUCGAGUCCGCUAGAACGCGGCCGGGUACGGGACAGAACGGCGCUAACAAACACCUCACCUCGUUGAUUGCAGAGAUCACAGAGAGAUGGACCGGUAGCCUGGGCCUCUGAGGAUGACCUAACCUUUGUUGCCGAGCAAGUCUCCCAUCAUCCGCCAAGUGAGUGCAGGGGAACGUUUUGCUAUAUUGAGCUCAAGCUGCGACGUUUUUGAGCGACACACGUCAACCGGAAGUGGUCUAGUAAAGGCACUUAGAAAUACAAAUUUCGUAGCGCUCAAGUGCUUUAAAAUAAAAAAAAGACCUCACUUCCGGUGGACGUGCGUCACUCAAAUUUCUUUUGUUUAAGCUCCUGAUAGGUCUUUUCUUUUGUAUUAUGUAGUAGGGACUUUAGGACCCAAUGACGCGGACAGCAACGAGAACGUCAAAAAAACAAUAGGUUUUAUGAGCAAAACAACAAAGUUGCCUUUUAUUUCCCCGUUUUUCCACGACUACGACGUGAAAAUCCCUAUUGAUCCACAGAUCCAUCGAUCUAGCGAUCCACCGAUCUAUCCAUCCACAGAUCCCUCGAUCUAGUGAACCAACGAUCCAGCGAUCUAAGGAUCCAUCGAUCUAGCGAUCCAGCGAUCCAACAAUCCAUCGAUCUAGCGAUCUAGCGAUCCACAGAUGUCAUCGAUCUAGCGAUCCAACGAACCAUCAAUCUAACGAUCCACCGAUCAACAUAUCCAUCGAUCUAACGAUACAACGAUGCAACAAUCCAUCGAUCUAGCGAUCCAGCCAACCACCGUUGGAUCGCUUGAUCGAUGGAUCUGUGGAUCGCUGGUUCCUUUGAUCGAUGGAUCCCUGGAUCGAUAGAUCUGUGGAUCGGUGGAUCGGUUGAAUCUUGGAUCGUUGAAUCGCUAGAUCGAUCGAUCUGUGGGUCGCUAGAUCGAUGGAUUUGUGGAUCGGUGGAUAGCUAGAUUUGUGGAUCGCUAGAUCGAUGGAUCUGUGGAUCGCUGGAUCGCUGGAUCCCUAGAUCGAUGGAUCGAUGGAUCUGUGGAUCGGUGGAUCCCUAGAUCGAUGGAUCGUUGGAUCGCUAGAUCGAUGGAUCUGUGGAUCGCUAGAUCGAUGGAUUGUUGCAUCGCUAGAUCGAUGGAUCCAGCCAUCUAAGGAUCUAGCGAUCCACAUAUCCAUCGAUCUAGCGAUCCAACGAUCCAUCGAUCUAGCGAUCCAGCCAACAACCGUUGGAUAACUUAAUCGAUGGAUCUGUGGAUCGCUGAAUCCCUAGAUCGAUGGAUCGCUGGAUCGAGUGAUCUGUGGAUCGGUGGAUCGCAAGAUCGAUGGAUCGUUGCAUCACUAGAUCGAUGACAUCUGUGGAUCGCUCGAUCAUCUCAACUUUGGGUACGAAUCGUCUGGGUACGAAACGUCCCGAUUCCCCUGUGGAUCGGUAGAUGGAUGGAUCGUUGGAUCGCUAGAUCGAUGGAUCGCUAGAUCGAUGGAUUGUUGGAUCGCUAGAUCAAUGGAUCCAGCUAUCUAAGGAUCCAUUGCAUCGCUAGAUCGAUUGAUUGUUGGAUCGAUGGAUCGCUAGAUCGAUGGAUCUGUGGAUCGCUGAAUCGCUGGAUCCCUAGAUCGCUGGAUCGCUCGAUUAGAUCGCUAGAUCGAUAGAUUCUUAGAUCAAUAGAUCGUUGGAUCGCUAGAUCGAUGGAUCGUUAGAUCGAUGGAUCGUUAGAUCGCUAGAUCGUUAGGUCGUUAGAUCGCUAGAUCGAUGGAUCGUUAUAUCGUUAGAUCCCUAGAUCGCUUGAUCGAUGGAUCGUUAGAUUCUUAGAUCGCUGGAUCGUUAGAUUCUUAGAUCGCUAGAUCUUCAGAUCGCUUGAUCGAUGGAUCGUUAGAUCGUUAGAUCGCUGGAUCAUUAGAUCGUUACAUCGCUAGAUCGUUAGAUCGCUAGAUCGAUGGAUCGUUAUAUCGUUAGAUCGCUAAUCGGUGGAUCGUUAGAUGGCUAGAUCGAUGGUUCGUUAGAUCGUUAGAUUGCUAGAUCAUUAGCUCGUGACAUCGCUAGAUCGUUAGAUCAUUAGAUCGCUAGAUCGCUAGAUCGAUGGAACGUUAGAUCGCUAGAUCGAUGGAACGUUAGAUCGCUAGAUCGUUGGAUCGCUAGAUCGAUCGAUCGUUAGAUCUCUAGAUCGUUAGAUCGCUAGAUCGAUGGAUCGUUAGAUCUCUAGAUCGAUGGAUCGUUAGAUCGCUAGAUCGUUAGAAAUCGAUCCUGCUAGAUCGAUAGAUCCUUAGAUCAAUAGAUCGUUGGAUCGCUAGAUCGAUGGAUCGUUAGAUCGGUAGAUCGAUGGAUGGUUAGAUCGCUAGUUCGCUAGGGCGAUGGAUCGUUAGAUCGCUAGAUCGAUGGCUCGUUAGUUCGUUAGAUCGCUAGAUCGAUGGAUUGUUAGAUCGCUAGAUUGUUAGAUCGUUAGAUCGCUAGAUCGAUGGAUCGCAAGAUCGUUAGAUCGCUGGAUCGUUAGAUCGCUAGGUCGAUGGAUCGUUAGAUCACUAGAUCGUUAGAUCGCUGAAUCGUUAAAUCGCAAGAUCGAUGGAUCGUUAGAUCGCUAAAUCGAUCGAUCGUUAGAUUGUUAGAUCGAUAGAUCCUUAGAUUAAUAGAUUGUUGGAUCGUAAGAUCGAUGGAUCGUUAGAUCGAUUGAUCGUUAGAUCGUUAGAUCGUUACAUCGCUAGAUUGUCAGAUCGCUUGAUCCAUGGAUCGUUAGAUUGUUAGAUUGCUAGAUCAUUAGAUCGUUACAUCGCUGGAUCGUUAGAUCGCUAGAUCGUUGGAUCGCUAGAUCUCUAGAUCGUUAUACCGCUAGAUCGAUGGAUCGUUAGAUCUCUAGAUGGAUGGAUCGUUAGAUCGCUAGAUCGAUAGAUCCUUAGAUCAAUAGAUCGUUGGAUCCCUAGAAUCCUAGGUCGAUGGAUCGUUAGAUCAUCGAUGGAUCGCUAGAUCGCUAGAUCGUUAGGUCGUUAGAUCGUUAGAUCGCUAAAUCGAUGGAUCGUUAUAUCGUUAGAUGGCUAGAUUGAUAGAUCGAUGGAUCGUUAGAUUGUUAGAUCGCUGGAUCCUUAGAUCGAUGGAUCGUUAGAUCGCUAGAUCGUAUGAUCGCUUGAUCGAUGGAUCGUUAGAUGAAUACAUCGUUAGAUCGCUGAAUCGUUAAAUCGCUAGAUCGAUGGAUUGUUAGAUCGCUAAUUCGAUUGAUCGUUAGAUUGUUAGAUCGCUAGUUCGUUAGAUCUGUAAGGCACGGCAUUCGUGGAAAGCAGCUUUUUUAUUUAAAUAUUUUUAUUGUAUUAGUAUUAGGCAUUUUUAAAGCUGACGAAUUUUGUACCGUGGAUAAAUAAAGAUUAUCUAUCUUAUCUAUCUAUCUAUCUAUCUAUCGUUGAUAUCCGGUCAUUUCGUUCCAUGGUCAGAUCGAUGGAUCGUUAGAUCGCUAGAUCUUUCGAUCGAAAGAUCAAUGGAUCGUUAGAUCUCUAGAUCGAUGGAUCGUUAGAUCGCUAGAUCUGUAAAUCCUUAGAUCAAUAGAUCGCUAGAUCGUUGGAUCGCUAGACGCAUGGAUCGCUAGACGCAUGGAUCGUUAGAUCGCUAGAUCGAUGGAUCGUUAUAUCGUUAGAUCGCUAGAACGAUGGAUCGUUAAUUCGAUGGGUGGUUAUAUCGUUAGGCGGCUAGAUCGUUAGAUCGCGAGAUCGAUGUAUCGUUAGAUCGCUAGAUCGUUAGAUCGCUAGGUCGUUAGAUCACUACAUCGUCAGAUCGCUUGAUCGAUGGAUCGUUAGAUCGUUAGAUGACUAGAUCGUUAGAUCGCUAGAUCAAUGGUUCGUUAUAUCGUUAGAUCCCUAGAUCGUUAGCUCGCUACAUCGUUAGAUCGGUAGAUCGAUGGCUCGUUAGUUCGUUAGAUUGCUAGAUAGAUGAAUGGUUAGAUCGCUAGAUUGCUAGAUCCUUAGAUCGCUAGAUCGUUACUUGGCUAGAUCGUUAGAUCGAUGGAUCGCAAGACCGUUUGAUCGCUAGAUCGCUAGAUCGUCAGAUCGCUUGAUCGAUGUAUCGUUAGAUCGUUAGAUCGCUAGAUCGUUAGAUCGCUUAUCGAUGGAUCGCUAGAUCGGUAGAUCAAUGGUUCGUUAGAUCGUUAGAUCGCUAGAUCAUUAGAUCGUUACAUCGCUAGAUCGUUAGAUCAUUAGAUCGCUAGAUCGGUAGAUUGUCAGAUCGCUAGAUCGAUCGAUCGUUAGAUCUCUAGAUCGUUAGAUCGCUAGAUCUCUAGAUGGAUGGAUCGUUAGAUCGCUAGAUCGAUACAUCCUUAGAUCAAUAGAUCGUUGGAUGCCUAGAAUCCUAGGUCGAUGGAUCGUUAGAUCAUCGAUGGAUCGUUAGAUCGCAAGAUCGUUAGGUCGUUAGAUCGUUAGAUCGCUAGAUCGAUAGAUCGUUAAAUCGUUAGAUCGCUAGAUGGAUAGAUCGAUGGAUCGUUAGAUUUGUUAGAUCGCUGCAUCGUUAGAUCGUUAGAUCGAUGGAUCCUUAGAUCGUUAGAUCGCUAGGUCGUCAGAUCGCUUGAUCGAUGGAUCGUUAGAUCGUCAGAUCGCUAGAUCGCUAGAUUGUCAGAUCGCUAGAUUGUUGGAUCGCUAGAUCGAUCGAUCGUUAGAUCUCUAGAUCGUUAGAUCGCUAGAUCGAUGGAUCGUUAGAUCCCUAGAUGGAUGGAUCGUUAGAUCGCUAGAUCGAUACAUCCUUAGAUCAAUAGAUCGUUGGAUGCCUAGAAUCCUAGGUCGAUGGAUCGUUAGAUCAUCGAUGGAUCGUUAGAUCGCAAGAUCGUUCGGUCGUUAGAUCGCUAGAUCGAUAGAUCGUUAAAUCGUUAGAUCGCUAGAUCGAUAGAUCGAUGGAUCGUUAGAUUUGUUAGAUCGCUGGAUCGUUAGAUCGUUAGAUCCAUGGAUCCUUAGAUCGUUAGAUCGUUAGAUCGCUAGGUCGUCAGAUCGCUUGAUCGAUGGAUCGUUAGAUCGUUAGAUCGAAAGAUCAUUAGAUCUUUACAUCGCUGGAUCGUUAGAUCGCUAGAUUGAUGGAUCGUUAGAUUGUUAGGUCGCUAGAUUGUUUGAUCGCUAGAUCGUUACAUCGCUGGAUCGUUAGAUCGCUAGAUCGAUGGAUCGUUAGAUUGUUAGAUGGCUAGAUUGUUUGAUCGUUAGAUCGUUAAAUCGCUAGAUCGAUGGAUCGUUAGAUCCCUAGAUCGUUACAUCACUAGAUUGAUGGAUGGUUAGAUCGCUAGAUCGAUGGAUGGUUAUCUCGUUAGAUCGAUGGAUCGUUAGAUCGCUAGAUCGAUGGAUCGUUAGAUCGCUGGCUCGAUGGAUCGUUAGAUCGCUAGAUCUAUGGAUCGUUAUAUCGUUAGAUCGAUGGAUCGUUAUAUCGUUAGAUCGCUAGAUCGUUAGUUCGCUAGAUCGAUCUAUCGUUAGAUUGUUAAAUGCUACAUCUUUAUUUCGUGAGAUCGUUAGAUCGCUAGGUCGUUAGAGCGCUAUAUCGAUGGAUCGUUAGAUCGCUAGAUCGUUACAUCGGUAGAUCGAUGGAUCGUUAGAUGGAUGGAUCGUUAGAUCGUUAGAUCUCUAGAUCCAUGGAUCGUUAGAUCGCUAGAUCGAUAGAUCGUAAGAUCAAUAGAUCGUAAGAUCAAUAGAUCGCUAGAUCCUUCGAUCGCUAGAUCGAUGGAUCGUUAGAUCGUUAGAUCGCUUGAUCCAUGGAUCGUUAGAUCGCUAGAUCGUUAAGUCGUUAGAUAGUUACAUCGCUAGAUCGUUAGAUCGCUAGAUCCUUCGAUCGCUAGAUCGAUGGAUCGUUAGAUCGUUAGAUCGCUUGAUCCAUGGAUCGUUAGAUCGCUAGAUCGUUAAGUCGUUAGAUAGUUACAUCGCUAGAUCGUUAGAUCGCUAGAUCCUUCGAUCGCUAGAUCGAUGGAUCGUUAGAUCGUUAGAUCGCUUGAUCCAUGGAUCGUUAGAUCGCUAGAUCGUUAAGUCGUUAGAUAGUUACAUCGCUAGAUCGUUAGAUCGCUAGAUCCUUCGAUCGCUAGAUCGAUGGAUCGUUAGAUCGUUAGAUCGCUUGAUCCAUGGAUCGUUAGAUCGCUAGAUCGUUAAGUCGUUAGAUAGUUACAUCGCUUGAUCGUUAGAUCUCUAGAUCCUUCGAUCGCUAGAUCGAUGGAUCGUUAGAUCGUUAGAUCGCUUGAUCCAUGGAUCGUUAGAUCGCUAGAUCGUUAAGUCGUUAGAUAGUUACAUCGCUAGAUCGUUAGAUCGCUAGAUCCUUCGAUCGUUAGAUCGCUAGAUCUAUUGAUCCUUAGAUUGUUAGAUCGUUAGAUCGCUAGAUCCUUCGAUCGUUAGAUCGCUAGAUCUAUUGAUCCUUAGAUUGUUAGAUCGAUGGAUCGUUAGAUCGCUAGAUCGCUAGAUCGCUCGAACGUCAGAUCGCUUGAUCGAUGGAUCGUUAGAUCGUUAGAUCGUUAGAUCACUAGAUCGUUAGAUCGCAGAAUGGUUAGAUCGCUAGAUCGCUAGAUCGAUGGAUCGUUAUAUCGUUAGAUCGCUAGAUCGUUAAAUCGCCAGAUCGAUGGAUCGUUAGAUCGCUAGAUAGUUAGAUAGAUGGAUGGUUAGAUCGGUAGAUUGGAGGAUCGUUAGAUCGCUGGAUCAUUAGAUCGCUAGAUCGAUGGAUCGUUAGUUCGUGAUAUCGGUAGAUCGAUGGAUGGUUAGAUCGCUAGAUCGCUUGGGCGAUGGAUCGUUAGAUCGUUAGAUCGCUAGAUCGAUGUCUCGUUAGUUUGUUAGAUCACUAGAUCGAUGGAUUGUUAGAUCGCUAGAUCGAUGGGUUGUUAGAUCGCUAGCUCGAUGGAUCGUUAGAUCGCUAGAUCUAUAGACCAUUAAAUCGUUAGAUCGAUGGAUCGUUAUAUCGUUAGAUCGCUAGAUCGUUAGAUCGUUAGAUCUAUGUAUCGUUAGAUUGUUAGAUUCUAGAUCGUCUGAUCGUUAGAUCGUUAGAUCGCUAGAUCGAGGAAUUGUUAGAUAGCUAGAUCGUUAGAGCGCUAGAUCUAUGUAUCGUUAGAUUGUUAGAUGCUAGAUCGUCUGAUCGUUAUAUCGUUAGAUAUACAAACUAUCAUCUGCUCGUACCCUCAGUUGCGGCGUGCCGCAGGGUAGCAUAUUGGGUCCUUUGCUAUUUUUAAUUUACAUUAAUGAUCUUCCCAACUCCCUGCGGGGCGUCAUACCAAGAAUGUUUGCCGACGACACCAACCUUACGUUAUCUGCUAAGACGUUAACAGAGCUUAAGCUAGCUCUAACCCCUGAAUUAAAUAACCUUAGCUGUUGGCUGAAAGCUAACAAGCUCAGUCUAAAUGUUGCUAAAACAGAGCUAAUGAUUAUUGGAUCAAGACAAAGACUAUAUGCCCAAUGUGACGAUGUAGAAAUCAGAAUUGAUGACCAAAUUAUUAAGAGAGUCGAUCAUACCAAAUCCUUGGGUCUUACCAUAGAUGCUCAACUCUCUUGGGGUAAACACGUUGAAGAGAUUUGCAAGAAAGUCUCUUCAGCUAUAGGCGCCCUAAAACGUGUGCGGCCCUUUAUAUCCAAAGAAACUGCAAUUCAAAUUUAUAACGCUUUAAUUAUGCCUCAUUUUGAUUACUGCAGCCCCGUCUGGGACUGUUUGAGUGGUUACUUGAGUGAUAAGCUCCAAAAAUUACAGAAUCGUGCAGCCAGAGUUAUUACUAAAUCACCCUUUGAUGCGAGCUCAAACCACCUUCUCUCCACCCUCAGCUGGGAGAGGCUAUCUCUUCGACGAAAGAAACAAAAAGCCGUAAUGAUGUAUAAAACCAUGAAUGACCUUGCUCCAGAAUAUCUGCAAAGUCUUUUCUCUCAGCGUCACUCUGCUUACAACUUAAGAAACUCUGAGGGAAGGCUGACCUUGUCCAAACCAAGCACCAAUUAUUUGAAACGAAGCUUCUCUUACAGCGGGGCCAUGUUAUGGAAUAACUUGCCCAAAAACUUAAAAAACGCUGCAUCCGUUGAGCAUUUUAAGCGAAAUAUCAAGAAGGUAGCUGAUAUAUCGGAUUCCCACACGGCAAUCAUGUAAAGCAGUUGUAAUUAGUUUUAGUUUUUAACUUAAGCUUAACUGAUGAUUUCCCGUGUUUAAAUAAAGAUUUACAGAUCGUUAGAUCGAGGAAUUGUUAGAUAGCUAGAUCGUUAGAGCGCUACAUCGAUGGAUCGCUAGAUCGUUAGAUCGCAAGAUCGAUGGAUCGUUAGAUCGUUAGAUCUCUAGAUCGAUAGAUCGUAAGAUCAAUAGAUCGCUAGAUCGUUGGAUCGCUAGAUCGAUGGAUCGUUAGAUUGCUAGAUCUAUGGACCGUUAUAUUGUUAGAUCGAUGGAUCGUUAUAUCGUUAGAACGCUAGAUCGUUAGAUCGCUAGAUCGAUGUAUCCUUAGAUUGUUAGAUGCUAGAUCGUUGGAUCGUUAUGUCGUUAGAUCGUUACAUCGCUCGAUCGGGGAAUCGUUAGAUCUCUAGAUCGUUAGAGCGCUACAUCGAUGGAUCGUUAGAUCGCAAGAUCGAUGAAUCGUUAGAUCGUUAGAUCUCUAGAUCGAUGGAUCGUUAGAUCGCUACAUCGAUAGAUCGAAAGAUCAAUAGAUCGCUAGAUCGUUGGAUCGCUAGAUCGAUGGAUCGUUAGUUCGCAAGAUCGUUAGUUCGCUAGAUCCAUGGAUCGUUAGAUCACUAGAUCGCAAGAUCGUUAGGUCGUUAGAUAGUUACAUCGCUAGAUCGUUAGAUCGCUAGUCGAUGGAUCGUUAUAUCGUUAGAUCGCUAGGGCGAUGGAUCGUUAGAUGGUUAGAUCCCUACAUCGUUAGAUCGCUAGAUCCAUGGCUCGUUAAUUCGUUAGAUCGCUAGAUCGAUGGAUUGUUAGAUCGCUAGAUUGCUAGAUCGUUAGAUCGCUAGAUCUAUGGACCGUUAUAUCGUUAGAUCGAUGGAUCGUUAGAUCGUUAGAUCUCUAGAUCGAUGGAUCGUUAGAUUUUUAGAUGCUAGAUCGUUGGAUCGUUAUAUCGUUAGAUCGUUAGAUCGCUACAUCGAUGAAUCGUUAGAUUGUUAGAGCGCUAUAUCGAUGGAUCGUUAGAUCGCUAGAUCGUUACAUCGGUAGAUCGAUGGAUCGUUCGAUCGUUAGAUCUCUAGAUCGAUGGAUCGUUAGAUCGCUAGAUCGAUGGAUCGUUAGAUCGCUAGAUCGUUAGAUCGGUAGAUCAAUGGAUCGUUAGAUCUCUAGAUCGAUGUAUCGUUAGGUUUUUAGAUUCUAGAUCUUUGGAUCGUUAUAUCGUUAGAUCGUUAGAUCGCUACAUCGAUGAAUCGUUAGAUCGCUAGAUCGUUAGAGUCCUACAUCGAUGGAUCGUCAGAUCGUUAGAUCGCAAGAUCGAUGGAUCGUUAGAUCUCUAGAUCGAUGGAUUGUUAGAUCACUAGAACGUUAGAUCGCUGAAUCGUUAAAUCGCUAGAUCGAUGGAUCGUUACAUCGCUAAAUCGAUUGAUCGUUAAAUUGUUAGAUCGCUAGAUCGUUAGAUCGCGAGAUAGAUGGAUCGUUGCAAUAUUAGAUCGCUAGAUCGUUAGAUCGCUAGAUCGUUAGAUCGCUAGAUCGAUGGAUCGUUAGAUCGAUGGGUCGUUAUAUCGUUAGAUCGCUAGAUCGUUAGAUCGCUAGAUCGAUGGAUCGUUAGAUCGCUAGAUCGUUAGAUCAAUGGAUCGUUAGAUCUCUAGAUCGAUGGAUCGUUAGAUCGCUAGAUCGAUAGAUCCGUUGAUCAAUAGAUCGCUAGAUCGUUGGAUCGCUAGAUCGCUAGAUCGUUAGAUCGCAAGAUCGAUGGAUCGUUAGAUCGCUAGAUCGAUAGAUCCGUUGAUCAAUAGAUCGCUAGAUCGUUGGAUCGCUAGAUCGCUAGAUCGCUAGAUCGCUAGAUCGUUAGAUCGCAAGAUCGAUGGAUUAUUACAUCGAUGCGUCGUUAUAUGGUUAGAUCGCUAGAUCGCUAGAUCGUCAGAUCGUUAGAUCACUAGAUCGUUAGAUCGCUGAAUUGUUAGAUCGCUAGAUCGAUUGAUCGUUAUAUCGUUAGUUCGCUAGAUCCGUGGAUCGUUAGAUCGCUACAUCGCUACAUCGUUUGAUCGCUAGAUCGAUGGCUCGUUAGUUUGUUAGAUCGCUAGAUCGAUGGGUCGUUAGAUCGCUAGAUCGUUAGAUCGCUAGCUCGAUGGAUCGUUAGAUCGCUAGAUCUAUGGACCAUUAUAUCGUUAGAUCGAUUGAUCGUUAUAUCGUUAGAUCGGUAGAUCGUUAGAUCGCUAGAUCGAUGUAUCGUUGGAUUGUUAGAUGCUAGAUCGUUGGAUCGUUAUAUCGUUAGAUCGCUAGAUCGAGGAAUUGUUAGAUCGCUAGAUCGUUAGAGCGCUAUAUCGAUGGAUCGUUAGAUCGCUAGAUCGUUACAUCGGUAGAUCGAUGGAUCGUUAGAUCGGUGGAUCGUUCGAUCGUUAGAUCUCUAGAUCGAUGGAUCGUUAGAUUGCUAGAUCGUUAGAGCCCUACAUCGAUGGAUCGUUAGAUCGUUAGAUCGCAAGAUCGAUGGAUCGUUAGAUCUCUAGAUAGAUGGAUUGUUAGAUCGCUAGAUUGCUAGAUCGUUAGAUCGCUAGAUCGAUGGAUCGCAAGAUCGUUAGAUCGCUAGAUCGCUAGAUCGAUGGAUUGUUAGAUCACUAGAUCGUUAGAUCGCUGAAUCGUUAAAUCGCUAGAUCGAUGGAUCGUUACAUCGCUAAAUCGAUUGAUCGUUAAAUUGUGAGAUCGCUAGAUCGUUAGAUCGCAAGAUAGAUUGAUUGUUGUAAUAUUAGAUCGCUAGAUCGUUAGAUCGCUAGAUCGAUGGGUCGUUAUAUUGUUAGAUCGCUAGAUCGUUAGAUCGCUAGAUCGAUGGAUAGUUAGAUCGCUAGAUCGUUAGAUCGGUAGAUCAAUGGAUCGUUAGAUCUCUAGAUCGAUGGAUCGUUAGAUCGCUAGAUCGAUAGAUCCUUUGAUAAAUAGAUCGCUAGAUCGUUGGAUCGCUAGAUCGGUAGAUCGUUAGAUCGCAAAAUCGAUGCAUCGUUACAUCGAUGCGUCGUUAUAUCGUUAGAUCGCUAGAUCGUCAGAUCGUUAGAUCACUAGAUCGUUAGAUCGCUGAAUUGUUAGAUCGCUAGAUCGAUUGAUCGUUAUAUCGUUAGUUCGCUAGAUCCAUGGGUCGUUAGAUCGCUAGAUCGCUACAUCGUUUGAUCGCUAGAUCGAUGGCUCGUUAGUUCGUUAGAUCGCUAGAUCGAUGGGUCGUUAGAUCGCUAGAUCGUUAGAUCGCUAGCUCGAUGAAUCGUUAGAUCGCUAGAUCUAUAGACCGUUAUAUCGUUAGAUCGAUGGAUCGUUAUAUCGUUAGAUCGCGAGAUGGUUAGAUGCUAGAUCGUUGGAUCAUUAGUUCGUUAGAUCGCUAGAUCGAGGAAUCGUUAGAUGGCUAGAUCGUUAGAGCGCUACAUCGAUGGAUCGUUAGAUCGCUAGAUCGUUACAUCGCAAAAUCGAUGGAUCGUUAGGUAGUUAGAUCUCUAGAUCCAUGGAUCGUUAGAUCGCUAGAUCGUUGGAUCGCUAGAUCGAUAGAUCGUAAGAUCAAUAGAUCGCUAGCUCGUUGGAUCGCUAGAUCGAUGGAUCGUUAGAUCGCUAGAUCUAUGGACCGUUAUAUCGUUAGAUCGAUGGAUCGUUAUAUCGUUAGAAUGCUAGAUCGAUAGAUCGUAAGAUCAAUAGAUCGCUAGAUCGUUGGAUCGCUAGAUCGAUGGAUCGUUACUUCGCAAGAUCGUUAGUUCGCCUGAUCCAUAGAUCGUUAGAUCGCUAGAUCGCUAGAUCGUUAGGGCGUUAGAUAGUUACAUCGCUAGGUCGUUAGAUCGCUAGAUCGAUGGAUCGUUAUAUCGUUAGAUCGCUAGGGCGAUGGAUUGUUAGAUCACUAGAUCGUUAGAUCGCUGAAUCGUUAAAUCGCUAGAUCGAUGGAUCGUUACAUCGCUAAAUCGAUUGAUCGUUAGAUUGUUAGAUCGCUAGAUCGAUGGAUCGUUAGAUCGAUGGGUCGUUAUAUCGUUAGAUCGCUAGAUCGCUAGAUCGCUAGAUCGUUAGAUCGCUAGAUCAAUAGAUCGUUAGAUCGUUAGGUCGGUAGAUCGAUAGAUCAUUAGAUCGUUAGAUUGCUAGAUCGUUAGAUCGCUAGAUCAAUGGAUCGCUAGAUCUCUCGAUCGAUGGAUCGUUAGAUCGCUAGAUCGAUAGAUCCUUAGAUCAAUAGCUGAAUCGUUGGAUCGCUAGAUCGUUAGAUCGCUAGAUCGAUGGAUCAUUAGAUCGAUGGGUCGUUAGUAUCGUUAGAUCGCUAUAUCGCUAGAUCGUUGGAUCGUUAGAUUGUUAGAUCAUUAGAUCGCUAGAUCGUCAGAUCGUUAGAUCGUUAGAUCACUAGAUCGUUAGAUGGCUGACUUGUUAGAUCGCUAGAUUGAUGGAUCGCUAUAUCGUUAGUUCGUUAGAUCCAUGGAUCGUUAGAUCGGUAGAUCGGUAGAACGUUAGGUCGUUAGAUAGUUACAUCGCUAGAUCGUUAGAUCGCUAGAUCGCUAGGGCGAUGGGUCGUUAGAUCGUUAGAUGGCUACAUUGUUAGAUCGCUAGAUCGAUGGCUCGUUUGUUCGUUAGAUCGCUAGAUCGAUGGAUUGUUAGAUCGCUAGAUUGGUAGAUCGUUAGAUCGCUACAUCGAUGGAUUGCAACAUCUUUAGAUCGCUAGAUCGAUGGAUUGUUAGAUCACUAGAUCGUUAGAUCGCUGAAUCGUUAAAUCGCUAGAUCGAUGGAUCGUUAGAUCGCGAAAUCGAUUGAUCGUUAGAUUGUUGGAUGGCUAGAUCGUUAGAUCGAUGAAUCGUUGUAUCAUUAGAUCGCUAGAUCGAUGGAUCGUUAGAUCGAUGGGUCGUUAUAUCGUUAGAUCGCUAGGUCGCUAGAUCGUUAGAUCGCUAGAUCGUUGGAUUGUUAGAUCGCUAGAUCGUUAGAUCGCUAGAUCAAUAGGUCGUUAGAUCUCUAGAUCGAUGGAUCGUUACAUCGCUAGAUCGAUAUAUGCUUAGAUCAAUAGAUCGCUAGAUCGUUGGAUCGUUAGAUCGCUUGAUCGUUAGAUCGCUAGAUCGAUGGGUCGUUAGAUCGAUGGGUCGUCAGAUCGCUAGAUCAAUGGGUCGUUAGAUUUCUAGAUCGAUGGAUCAUUAGAUCGAUAGAUCCUUAGAUCAAUAGAUCGCUAGAUCGUUGGAUCGCUAGAUCGCUAGAUCGUUAGAUCGUUAGAUCGCUAGAUCGAUGGAUCGUUAGAUCGCUGGAUUGUUAGAUCGUUAGAUCACUGGAUCGUUAGAUCGCUGAAUUGUUAGAUCGCUAGAUCGAUGGAUCGUUAUAUCGUUAGAUCGCUAGAUCGAUGGAUUGCAAGAUCUUUAGAUCGCUAGAUCGAUGGAUUGUUAGAUCACUAGAUCGUUAGAUUGCUGAAUCGUUAAAUCGCUAGAUCGAUGGAUCGUUAGAUCGCUAAAUCGAUUGAUCGUUAGAUUGUUGGAUGCCUAGAUCGUUAGAUCGCUAGAUCGAUGGAUCGUUGUAUCAUUAGAUCGCUAGAUCGAUGGGUCGUUAUAUCGUUAGAUCGCUAGGUCGCUAGAUCGUUAGAUCGCUAGAUCGAUGGGUCGUUAGAUCAAUGGGUCGUCAGAUCGCUAGAUCACUGGGUCGUUAGAUCUCUAGAUCGAUGGAUCAUUAGAUCGCUAGAUCGAUACAUCCUUAGAUCAAUAGAUCGCUAGAUCGUUGGAUCGCUAGAUCGCUAGAUCGCUAGAUCGCUAGAUCGUUAGAUCGCUAGAUCGCUACAUCGAUGGAUCGUUAGAUCGCUGGAUUGUCAGAUCGUUAGAUCGUUAGAUCGCUGAAUUGUUAGAUCGUUAGAUCGCUGAAUCGUUAAAUUGCUAGAUCGAUGGAUCGUUAGAUCGCUAAAUCGAUUGAUCGUUAGAUUGUUGGAUGGCUAGAUCGUUAGAUCGUUAGAUCGAUGGAUCGUUGUAUCAUUAGAUCGCUAGAUCGAUGGAUCGUUAGAUCGAUGGGUCGUUAUAUCGUUAGAUCCCUAGGUCGCUAGAUCGUUAGAUCGCUAGAUCGAUGGAUUGUUAGAUCGCUAGAUCGUUAGAUCGCUAGAUCAAUGGGUCGUUAGAUCUCUAGAUCGAUGGAUCGGUAGAUCGCUAGAUCGAUAGAUGCUUAGAUCAAUAGAUCGCUAGAUCGUUGGAUCGUUAGAUCGCUAGAUCGUUAGAUCGCUAGAUCGAUGGGUCGUUAGAUCGAUGGGUUGUCAGAUCGCUAGAUCAAUGGGUCGUUAGAUCUCUAGUUUAAUGGAUCAUUAGAUCGAUAGAUCCUUAGAUCAAUAGAUCGCUACAUCGUUGAAUCGCUAGAUCGCUAGAUCGCUAGAUCGCUAGAUCGCUAGAUCGUUAGAUCGCUAGAUCGCUAGAUCGAUGGAUCGUUUGAUCGCUGGAUUGUCAGAUCGUUAGAUCGUUAGAUCACUGGAUCGUUAGAUCGCUGAAUUGUUAGAUCGCUAGAUCGAUGGAUCGUUAUAUCGUUAGAUCGCUGGAUCGUUAGAUCGCUAGAUCGCUAGAUCGUUAGAUCGCUAGAUCGUUAGAUCGCUAGAUCGAUGGGUCGUUAGAUCGAUGGGUCGUCAGUUCGCUAGAUGAAUGGGUCAUUAGAUCUCUAGAUCGAUGGAUCAUAAGAUCGCUAGAUCGAUAGAUCUUUAGAUCAAUAGAUCGCUAGAUCGUUGGAUCGCUAGAUCGCUAGAUCGUCAGAUCGCAAGAUCGCUAAAUCGCUAGAUCGCUAGAUCGCUAGAUCGUUAGAUCGUUAGAUCACUGGAUCGUUAGACCGCUGAAUUGUUAGAUCGCUAGAUCGAUGGAUCGUUAUAUCGUUAGAUCGCUAGAUCGUUAGAUCGCUAGAUCGCUAGAUCGUUAGAUUGCUAGAUCGAUGGGUCGUUAGAUCGAUGGGUCGUCAGAUCGCUAGAUCAAUGGGUCGUUAGAUCUCUAAAUCGAUGGAUCAUUAGAUCGCUAGAUCGAUAGAUCCUUAGAUCAAUAGUUCCCUAGAUCGUUGGAUCGCUAGAUCGCUAGAUCGUUAGAUCGCUAGAUCGCUAGAUCGAUGGAUCGUUAGAUCGCUAGAUCGUCAGAUCGUUAGAUCGUUAGAUCACUGGAUCGUUAGAUCGCUAGAUCGUUAGAUCGCUAGAUCGAUGGGUCGUUAGAUCGAUUGGUCGUCAGAUCGCUAGAUCAAUGGGUCGUUAGAUCUCUAGAUCGAUGGAUCAUUAGAUCGCUAGAUCGAUAGAUCCUUAGAUCAAUAGAUCGCUAGAUCGUUGGAUCGCUAGAUCGCUAGAUCGUUAGAUCGCUAGAUCGAUGGAUCGUUAGAUCGCUAGAUCGAUAGAUCGAAAGAUCAAUAGAUCGCUAGAUCGUUGGAUCGCUAGAUCGAUGGAUCGUUAGUUCGCAAGGUCGUUAGUUCGCUAGAUCCAUGGAUCGUUAGAUCACUAGAUCGCAAGAUCGUUAGGUCGUUAGAUAGUUACAUCGCUAGAUCGUUAGAUCGCUAGUCGAUGGAUCGUUAUAUCGUUAGAUCGCUAGGGCGAUGGAUCGUUACAUGGUUAGAUCCCUACAUCGUUAGAUCGCUAGAUCCAUGGCUCGUUACUUCGUUAGAUCGCUAGAUCGAUGGAUUGUUAGAUCGCUAGAUUGCUAGAUCGUUAGAUCGCUAGAUCUAUGGACCGUUAUAUCGUUAGAUCGAUGGAUCGUUAGAUCGUUAGAUCUCUAGAUCGAUGAAUCGUUAGAUUUUUAGAUGCUAGAUCGUUGGAUCGCUAGAUCGUUAGAUCGCUAGAUCGCUAGAUCGAUGGAUCGUUAGAUCGCUAGAUCGUCAGAUCGUUAGAUCGUUAGAUCACUGGAUCGUUAGAUCGCUAGAUCGAUGGGUCGUUAGAUCGAUGGGUCGUCAGAUCGCUAGAUCAAUGGGUCGUUAGAUCUCUAGAUGGAUGGAUCAUUAGAUCGCUAGAUCGAUAGAACCUUAGAUCAAUAGAUCGCUAGAUCGUUGGAUCGCUAGAUCGCUAGAUCGUUAGAUCGCUAGAUCGCUAGAUCGAUGGAUCGUUAGAUCGCUAGAUCGAUAGAUCGAAAGAUCAAUAGAUCGCUAGAUCGUUGGAUCGCUAGAUCGAUGGAUCGUUAGUUCGCAAGAUCGUUAGUUCGCUAGAUCCAUGGAUCGGUAGAUCACUAGAUCGCAAGAUCGUUAGGUCGUUAGAUAGUUACAUCGCUAGAUCGUUAGAUCGCUAGUCGAUGGAUCGUUAUAUCGUUAGAUCGCUAGGGCGAUGGAUCGUUAGAUGGUUAGAUCCCUACAUCGUUAGAUCGCUAGAUCCAUGGCUCGUUACUUCGUUAGAUCGCUAGAUCGAUGGAUUGUUAGAUCGCUAGAUUGCUAGAUCGUUAGAUCGCUAGAUCUAUGGAUCGUUAUAUCGUUAGAUCGAUGGAUCGUUAGAUCGCUAGAUCGGUAGAUCGAUGGAUCGUUAGAUCGCUGGAUUGUCAGAUCGUUAGAUCGUUAGAUGACUGGAUCGUUAGAUCGCUGAAUUGUUAGAUCGCUAGAUCGAUGGAUCGUUAUAUCGUUAGAUCGCUAGAUCGUUAGAUCGCUAGAUCGAUGGAUUGCAAGAUCUUUAGAUCGCUAGAUCGAUGGAUUGUUAGAUCACUAGGUCGUUAGAUCGCUGAAUCGUUAAAUUGCUAGAUCGAUGGAUCGUUACAUCGCUAAAUCGAUUGAUCGUAAGAUUGUUGGAUGGCUAGAUCGUUAGAUCGCUAGAUCGAUGGAUCGUUGUAUCAUUAGAUCGCUAGAUCGAUGGAUCGUUAGAUCGCUAGGUCGCUAGAUCGUUAGAUCGCUAGAUCGAUGGAUUGUUAGAUCGCUAGAUGGUUAGAUCGCUAGAUCAAUGGGUCGUUAGAUCUCUAGAUCGAUGGAUCCUUAGAUCGCUAGAUCGAUAGAUGCUUAGAUCAAUAGAUCGCUAGAUCGUUGGAUCGUUAGAUCGCUAGAUCGUUAGAUGGCUAGAUCGAUGGGUCGUUAGAUCGAUGGGUCGUCAGAUCGCUAGAUCAAUGGGUCGUUAGAUCUCUAGAUCGAUGGAUCAUUAGAUCGCUAGAUCGAUAGAUCCUUAGAUCAAUAGAUCGUUGGAUCGCUAGAUCGCUAGAUUUUUAGAUCGUUAGAUCGCUAGAUCGAUGGAUCGUUUGAUCGCUGGAUUGUCAGAUCGUUAGAUCGUUAGAUCACUGGAUCGUUAUAUCGCUUAAUUGUUAGAUCGCUAGAUCGAUGGAUCGUUAUAUCGUUAGAUCGCUGGAUCGUUAGAUCGCUAGAUCGUUAGAUCGCUAGAUCGAUGGGUCGUUAGAUCGAUGGGUCGUCACUUCGCUAGAUGAAUGGGUCGUUAGAUCUCUAGAUCGAUGGAUCAUUAGAUCGCUAGAUCGAUAGAUCCUUAGAUGAAUAGAUCGCUAGAUCGUUGGAUCGCUAGAUCGCUAGAUCGUUUGAUCGCUAGAUCGCUAGAUCACUAGAUCGCUAGAUCGCUAGAUCGAUGGAUCGUUAGAUCGUUAGAUCGUUAGAUCACUGGAUCGUUAGAUCGCUGAAUUGUUAGAUCGCUAGAUCGAUGGAUCGUUAUAUCGUUAGAUCGCUAGAUCGUUAGAUCGCUGGAUCGUUAGAUUGCUAGAUCGAUGGGUCGUUAGAUCGAUGGGUCGUCAGAUCGCUAGAUCAAUGGGUCGUUAGAUCUCUAGAUCGAUGGAUCAUUAGAUCGCUAGAUCGAUAGAUCCUUAGAUCAAUAGUUCGCUAGAUCGUUAGAUCGCUAGAUCGCUAGAUCGCUAGAUCGAUGGAUCGUUAGAUCGUUAGAUCACUGGAUCGUUAGAUCGCUAGAUCGUUAGAUCGCUAGAUCGAUGGGUCGUUAGAUCGAUGGGUCGUCAGAUCGCUAGAUCAAUGGGUCGUUAGAUCUCUAGAUCGAUGGAUCAUUAGAUCGCUAGAUCGAUAGAUCCUUAGAUCAAUAGAUCGUUGGAUCGCUAGAUCGCUAGAUCGCUAGAUCGAUGGAUCGUUAGAUCGCUAGAUCGUUAGAUCGUUAGAUCGUUAGUUCACUAGAUCGUUAGAUCGCUAGAUCGAUGGAUCGUUAUAUCGUUAGAUCGCUAGAUCGUUAGAUCGCUGAAUCGUUAGAUCGGUAGAUCGAUGGAUGGUUAUACCGUUAGAUCGCUAGAUCGUUAGAUCGCUACAUCGUUAGAUCGCUACAUCGAUGGCUCGUUAGUUCGUUAGGUCGCUAGAUAGAUGGAUGGUUAGAUCGCUAGAUUGCUAGAUCGGUAGAUCGCUAGAUCGUUACAUGGCUAGAUCGUUCGACCGCUAGAUCGAUGGAUCGCAAGCUCGUUUGAUCGCUAGAUCCCUAGAUCGAUGGAUCGCUAGAUCGUUACAUCGUUAGAUCACUAGACUCUUAGAUCGCUGAAUCGUUAGAUCGCUAGAUCGAUGGAUCGUUAUAUCGUUAGAUCGCUAGAUCGAUGGAUCGUUAGAUCGCUAGAUUGUUAGAUGGCUAGAUCGAUGGAUCGUUAGAUCUGUAGAUCGAUGGAUCGUUAGAUCGAUGGAUCGAGAGAUCCUUAGAUCAAUAGAUCGUUAGAUCGCUAGAUCGAUAGAUCGUUAUAUCGUUAGAUCGCUAGAUCUCAAGAUCAUUGGAUCGUUAGAUUGUUAGAUCGCUGGAUCGUUAGAUCGAUAGAUCGUUAGAUCGCGAGAUCGUCAGAUCGCUUGAUCGAUGGAUCGUUAUAUCGUUAGAUCGCUAGAUCGAUGGAUCGUUAGAUUGUUAGAUCGCUCGAUCGUUAGAGCGAUAGAUCGUUAGAUCGCUAGAUCGUCAGAUCGCUUGAUCGCUGGAUCGUUAGAUCGCUAGAUCGAAGGAUCGUUAUAUUGUUAGAUCGGUAGAUCGUUAGAUCGCUAGAUCGAUGGAUCGGUAGAUCGUUAGAUCGAUGGAUCGUUACAUAGUUAGAUCGCUAGAUCGCUACAUCGGUAGAUCCCUAGAUCAAUGGAUCGUUAGAACGCUAGAUCGUUAGAUCGCUAGAUCGAUGGAUCGUUAGAUUGUUAGAUCGCUAGAUUGUUAGAUCGCUAGAUCUGACAUAUGAGACGUUGGCGAAUCGACUCUAGUCGUAGGCGAACAGACCGUAGGCGAAACGACCCGUAGGCGAAACGACCGUAAAUCGUUGGAUCGCUAGAUCGAUGGAUCCAACCAUCUAAGGAUCCAUUGGAUCCCUAGAUCGAUGGAUUGUUGAAUCGGUGGAUCGCCAAAGCGAUGGAUCUGUGGAUCGCUGGAUUGGUGGAUCGCUGGAUCGCUAGAUCGCUAGAUCAAUGGAUCGUUGGAUCGCUAGAUCGAUAGAUCUUUGGAUCGCUAGAUCGAUGGAUCACUGGAUCGCUAGAUCGAUGGAUUGUUGGAUCGGUGGAUCGCUAGAUGGAUGGAGUUGUGGAUCGGUGGAUUGCUGGAUCCCUAGAUCGCUGGAUCGAUGGAUCUGUGGAUCGCUAGAUCGAUGGAUUUGUGGAUCGGUGGAUCGCUAGAUGGAUGGGUUUGUGGAUCGGUGGAUCGCUAGAUCGGUGGAUCGCUAGAUCGCUGGAUCUCUGGAUCCUUAGAUCGAUGGAUCUGUGGAUCGGUGGAUCGGUAGAUCGAUGGAUCGCUAGAUCGAUGGAUCUGUGGAUCGGGAAUCCUAGAUCGCUAGAUCGAUGGAUCUGUGGAUCGCUGGAUCCCUAGAUCGAUGGAUCGCUGGAUCUGUGGAUCGGUGAAUCGCUAGAUCGAUGGAUCGUUGGAUCGCUAGAUCGAUGCAUUUGUGGAUCGACAGAUGGGUCCCUAGAUCAAUGAAUCGUUGGAUCGCUAGAUCGAUAGCUCUGUGGAUCGGGGUGUCGCUAGAUCGGUGGAUGUGUGGAUCGCUAGAUCUAUGAAUUUUUGGAUGGGUGGAUGGCUAGAUCAAUGGAUCUGAGGAUCGCUGGAUGGCUGGAUCCCUAGAUCGAUGCAUCGCUAGAUCGAUGGAUCCGUCGUUCCAGCGAUCCAUCGAUGAAGGGAUCCAGCUAUCCACAGGUCCAUCGAUCUAGCGAUCUAGCGAUGUAGCGAUUCUGCGAUCCACAGAUCGAUCGAUCUAGCGAACCACCGAUCCACAGAUCCAUCUAUUUAGCGAUCCAACGAUCCAUUGAUCUAAAGAUCCAGCGAUCCAACAACCAUCGAUCUGGUGAUCAAUCGAUCCACAGAUCUAUCGAUCUGGCGAUCCAACGAUCCAGCGAUCUACAGACCCGUCGAUCUAGCGAUCCAACAAUCCAUCGUUGUAGUUAUCUAGGUAUCCAACGAUCCUCAGAUCCAUCGGUCUAGCCAUCCACAAAUCCAUCGAUCUGGCAAUCCACCGAUCCAUCGAUCUAUAGAUCUAGCGAUCCAACGAUUUAGUGAUCCAUCGAUCUUGUGAUCCAGCGAUCCACAGAUCCAUCGAUCUAGCGAUCCACGAUUCAUCGAUCUAGCGAUCCAUAGGUCCAUUGAUUUACCGAUCCACCGAUGCACGGAUUCAUUGAUCUAGCGAUCCAUUGAUCUUGCGAUCCACCGAUCCACAGAUCCAUUGAUCUAGUGAUCCAUCGAUCAACAGAUCUAUCGAUCUAGCGAUCCAACGAUACAGCUAUCCAUCGAUCUAGCGAUCCACAGAUCCAUCGAUCCAGCGAUCCAACGAUCCAUCGAUCCACCAAUCCACAGAUCCAUCAAGCUAGCGAUUCAUCGAUUCACAGAUCCAUCGAUCUAGCGAUCUACCGAUCCACAGAUCCAGCGAUGUAGCGAUCCAUCGUUCUAGGGAUCCAGCGAUUCAGCGAUCCAUCGAUCUAGCGAUCUACCGAUCUACAGAUCCAUCGAUCUUAAGAUCCACCGCUCUAGAGAUCCGUGGAUCUACAGAUCAACCAAUCUACCGAUCCAUCGAUCUAAAAAUCCAUCGAUGUACAUAUCCAUUGGUCUUAACAUCCACCGAUCUAAAUGGUUCUUCCAAUCUUGAAAAGGUCUUGAAUAUUAGUAGUCGUCUUGAAAAGUCUUUGAAUUCAUAUAAGGUCCUUGAAAAGUAAUUGAUUUCUUUAUAUGGUCUUGAAAAUUCCUUGAAAUUCACUACUUUGUUUACGCCUUAUCAUUUUCUUUCAGAUUAGAUUCUAGAGCAUUGGAAAAACAAUAGGUACAAAACAGAGAAAAAGUUCAACAGAGUUAAAGGAAAAUAAAUGCUCAGUAUAAAACCAGAAGCAACAAUAUUUUAUCUGUGUUUCUUGAUUUCAAAUGCUAUUUCUCUAUCUCAGACUGCAAGUCAUACCCAGUGACUGCUGUCAUUUUGCAAAGUAGUGUUGUUACGGAAAGUAGUACAGCAUAAUGUGAGCGAUGAUCAACCAUGACUGAAGAUAUAAGAAUCGUAAAUGAUUUCAUUGAGUGUUUUAGCCAGUAAGGUCUUCAAAAGGGGGUCAAAGAAUGCCAAUGUAUUGAAUAAAUCUUAGACCUUGAAAACUGUAAUUUGUCCUUGAAAAGUCGUUGAAUUUUGUUUCUCUGACGUUGUACGAACCAUAUGCCUAGGAAUUCAACUUCAGGAGGGUUCGCCUACAUUUGGCAAAGUAAGUGGGUAGGAAUAAUUGCGAUAAGGCCUGAAAGAACGCAAUUCACUUUUUAAGCGACGUUUUCGUUGUCGUCGCGUCGUUGGAUCCUAAAGUCCCUGUUAUGCGUAUUCACUCUAUACCAGACAGACUACCCAGAUAGCUUUUCGUGCCGGCCCGAAAAUUAUCCGUUAUCGCUAUGAACACUUAUCCGAUAUGUGACUCUCUACAGUAGAAAUCGGUGUGGCGAACAGAAACCCUAUCCGUUAUGGUUGUCGUGCCGGCGCAAAAACUAUCCGGGAUAGCUGAACACAGCUUAACGGAUCCCUUCUUCUGUCUACGUGUCAAUUGAUCAAACAUCUGCAACUCUCUUAUCAUCCUAAUCUUUUCCUCCGUUGCGAGAUUCUGAUUCUACUUUCCAGGGAGUGUUAUGCUAUUGUAGGUUCUUGUUUUUCAGCUUCUCUUGCAACAAAAUUGGCAAACAAAUUGAAAGAAAAAGUACUUUCUAAAACCGCGAGCGUGUGGCGAAGCUGCGAAGACCUCCCCUGGCUCUGUUAUCUCCUCUCUUGUGCUACUGCCGCGUGACUUCACGAUAAUCGCCCAAAAAGAGAGCUUGCUCGCGGGCAAGAGGUGGCUUGACCUACUUGCAGGUGUAGAAUUCGUAAACGUGUUAAGUGUUACAACCAUAGACUGUUUUGUUUUACAGUGCAAAAUGUUUUGAUAAAAAAGAGGGGAACAUUACUUACCCCUGCACCUAAUUAAUUCUUUCUUUUUUCGCUUUCCAGUUUCAGCAUUUUACGCUGAGAACUUUAGUAAACAGAUUUCAUUCAACGCACAUAUAUGGACCAAGUCCAAGUUCCUGGGGCUCUCUGUUGGAGUUGAAAACAUUGGGCAAGGUAACAGAAAUACAUUUACCAGAGCCGAACAUCAAGGUUGGAAAAUCUUGGGGAAGGGAAACAUUUUAUUUCGAAAAUUCAGUAACAGUUCGUGAGGAUAGGAAGUACGAAACUAAGACGGAAUCCAUCAGGAAAUUGAGUAAUUUAUAGCCCUUGAAAAAUGUAAAACAGAAUACGAUAUUGUUUAAAUUAUUCUGGUACAAGGUUUUUGUCCCCUGAGAAUUAAAAUUACUCAAUUUCCUGGUGGAUUCCAUCUUAAGGUUCUUUUUACUCUCCACGAGAUAUGCUUUCAACUUUCUAAAAUCUCGUUUCGAGCAUGUUUACUUUAGUAUUCAUUGAAGUUAUUGUCCUUCUUUAUCUGCAGGGUGCGUGUCCGUUUUACCGUACGAUGAGGACUAUGUUUUAACUUUCCCAAAUGGCUAUGGAAGGUAACGGUCUCGUUGUUGGUCAGCUGGUUUGCCGCAACCGGUGUACAUCUAAUACGGGACACAUGUUGCAUUGUAUCACAGUGUGGCUAGAUUCUAUCGUGUGUCCGAACAUGAACCACAAUGGAGGUCAAAAGUGUUGGGACCUUUCCAGUGAUAUUACUGAAACUAACGACCCCUCCCCUCCCACCCCAAACAAAGUUGAAUUUGGAGCAAAAUGGGUGAAACUGAGUGCUUUUUUUUACCACAACAUUGCUAGGGGAAGUGGGGGGGGGGACGACGCAAUGAACCCAAAGCCGAACCAAAAAUGUCCUUAGGAGCAGAAUCCUACGGAAUUAUUGCUUGCAAGGGCUUUUUCACACAGUCCCAAGUUCUUUUGUCCUCCAUUGUAGUUCCAAGUAUUAUUUUAGUAUAUGUUCACACUUUACCGAAGAGCUUUUGCGCCGGUACGAAAACAUACCGAAUAGGGCUUCUCUUCACACAUAGGAUACCGUAAAAUUCCGAAAAUAAUCCCCGAGGCUUAUAUAUUUCAAAGGCCCUUUUGAGGGGCUUAUUUUUGGAGGGGCUUACAGUGCCGUAGCCAGACCAAACGGUCAACCGAGGCAGGCGGGAGUUGCUAGGGUGGUUCGGGGGCAUGCCACCCCCCCGAGAAAUUUUGAACUUUAGUCUCUCGGAAAUGCGAUUUGCAGCGUUUUUUGGGCCUUUCGGUAACUUUUUUUCGAGUUCAUUUAAGUGGAAUUUAAAAAGCAAUAAUCAGAAACAAGCUACAUAAUCUGGGUGACCGUUAACCUCGCCAAUGGUUUUGAUCAGUAUUUGUUCAAAAAAAAUUUGAGUUAACGUACGUAGCCCCUUGAGAUCGAUGAUAUGGUAAUUUUUUCAUAGUAUAUUGACUGAAUUGCUUAAUUCUUUGUAAUAUCAUGAUGCGUUAAAAAUAUCCGAUGAUGGCUUAUGUAAAAUAAAAAUGAUCGGCGAAAUUCGUCAAAAUUUUACCGAGGCGAGUGCCUCGGUUGGCCUCAUACUAGCUACGGCGCUGGCUUAUAUUCGGACGGGCUUAUCUACGGAAGGAAAUUUGCUUCUCAAAACCGAUUGGGCUAGCCUUAUAGUUGGAAGGAAAUUUACCGUUUUUGCUUUGUUUUACUUUGUAUUUGAGGGCAAUUUCCAAGGACAAGCCCCCCAGGGAACUUAUAUAUGGAGGGGCGAUCUAAUGGAGGGUUUUUUGCGUUACGAGUUUGGGGGGCUUAUACAUAGAGGGGCUUAUUUUCGGAAUUUAACGGUAGGUGAUUUCAGCGCGAUUUCUUUGACUGAGCGAAGCUGCUCCUCGCUGAUCUCUUGAGUGGAGAGAUCAUGGCGUGAACUCAUAUCCUGGUAAACAGGUGAGGGCCCAGAACAAGAAUUUCAGCAGCUGUUUCGCAGACGGACUUAACCAGGGCCCGGUUCUUCGAAAGAUGAUUAAGGUUAAUCCUCAGAUUAAGCAAAAUUUUGAAGCAAGGUUUUCUCCGCUAAGAACAUGUAACUCAAGCGUUCAAAUAACUGUCGAGUCUUUACUCUGAGAUACAGUAAUGAUAACACAAAUUGUUACUCUAAGCAAUGCAUAGGAAGGUACCGUAUUUAUUCGAAAAAGCGCCCAACUUCGAAUAGCGCCCACCCCCUCCUCCUCCCAAUCAAACUCAAAUAGGCGCUCACCCCCACCCCACCCACUUGAGUGAAUAAAUUUUAAUAAGAGACUUUCCCGAGGACGGAGUUUUCUUCAGAGUAUUUUACAGAAACCUUGCUUUGUUACUUCUUCGCGUUUUGUUAUUAGCAUUUGUUGCAAAAUAAACAUACUUCACUUGCUGAAAAUGGUGAAAAUUUAAAAAGCGCCCACCUCGAAUAAGCGCCCAUUCUCAAGGUCCAAAAAUUUAAUAAGCGCCCAGGGCGGUUAAUCGAAUAAAUACGGUAAAUACAAAAAGUGCAACAAAGUUUUAAUCCUGGAUUCGCACUAAUCGGCCUUUCAGGAACCGGGCCCACAAGUUUAAUUCAGUCUGCUGCGCAGGCUACAGAUGUUGUAAAGUAGAGAGUGCUACUGCCAGUAUUACAGUAAAAUCUUGCAGCGUUGUUGCGGGUGAGAUUUAUCAUCCAUACCGAGCUUGGGAGCAUGUGAAAGAUAUUGAAAAUAUUUCAGAACAGACGCACUGUGAAAGACCCGCCUACUUUUUUAGUCUCUUAGAGUGCUUUUUUGUAUAGUUCAAAUGAGGCUAUGUCUAAUAACUUUAACUAACUGCUAUGACUGGUUUGCAGGUCUAUUUUAACAGUUCCGUGGAUUGAAAUUGGUGGAAAAACCAACAUUACUUGCGCAAAGACUGGGUAUCAGGCCACAGUUCAGUUCCAUUGUCGGGUAGGUGAUCUGUUCGCCCUUAAAGCACAGGCAACCCACGCUAUAAAGACGAGCUUUUCCUCUCUGAUUCCCUCGCUAAUGUUGCUUGCAUGAAACAUGGAAGUUACCAAAGUUGUGGAACCUCGUUUUGUAACUGUGUAUUUCUUUUAACCUUUUCGCAGCCUUUUUACGGUGGAAAGAAGCACCGAAUAACUUGUGAAGUAAUGUAAGUAACUUUGUAAAUUUUCAAGAAACAAAGAAUUCUCAUAUGUUAGCAUUAUGAAGUUAUGAGUGUAUGAAAUCAUAUAUGAAGUUAUGAAUAAUGAAAAUGAUAUGAGAACUGCGGGGUGAAGAAUUAUAUGAAAAAGAUCAUCGCAGUUAUAAGCGCAACUUUUGCAGUUGGGAAAAGAAAGCCUGAAAAAAUUUAGGAUUGUACGGGAUUCGAACCCUUUGCCUCUGCGAUACCGGUGCAGCGCUCUACCAAUUAAGCUAAUAAGCCAAUUGUGAGCAGGUCGUUGAAUUGGUUCGUUAUUAACGCGUGAAAGGAUGAUGAUGAGGUUAUGAAUAUAUGAAAAUCAUAUAUGAAAACUGCGGGGUGGAGAAUUAUAUGAAAGAAGAUCUUCGCAGUUAUAAGCGCAACGUUGUUCGCAUCAUGUUAAGCUGAUUUAGCAAUAGAACGGGAACGUCAUUUGACGACGGCGCGCGCAAAUCAAACAAAUGGCAUGACCAAUGGCAAAGCGAGAAAUUGGGGACCGCAAGUCUAGUUUAGUCCUUUUCUCGCGCUUUUCCGUCGUCAAAUGACGUUUCCGUUCUGUUACAAAAUCAGCCUGUUAUCAACAACAAUGCUGGUUUUACAUUAUCUUCCUAAUGUAGGUCUCCAGACAAAAAGUGCUUUCUGACCAUCACAGGAGAGUGGAAUGGACAAAUGUUUGCCAAAUAUGCAGAUAAAGAGGUACUAAACUGUCGAACAUGAUCUGAUUUACGUCGUAUUAAGGCUAUCUUCACACCAUACCGGAAACCUUUCGCGCCACCACGAAACUAUUACUCGAUAGGGCUUCUGGUCACUCAAAAGAACGGUUGCGGCGGAGCGAUUUCUGUGACGGAGCGAAGCUGCGCUGCGCUGAUCUCCAAAGUGGAGACACCAGGGGCGGAUCUAGGGGGAGGGUUCAGGGGGUGCGCACCCCCCCGAGAUGACCUGCGGUUUUCUGAUACAACUGGUAUUCUGCAAAAAAAAAAACUAUUUGGUUUAUAAAACUAUUUGGUUUAUUGGUGUUGAAGUAGAGCAAGAGACGAGUGCACCCCCUCCUAAAAACAAUCCUGGAUCCGCCCCUGAGUCACAUAUCGGACAGGUGUUCACAGUAUUGCGGAUAGCUUUCCGUGGCGUCCUCGGUUGACUAAUUCUUGGCAUAGUUGCGUGAAUUGUGGGAUGGAGACAGCGUUCUCAUUGAUUGACAAGCUUGUGGUAGCCAGGAGAACACAGGCUUAAAGUAUGACAUCAACUGAAUAUUUGUGUUGGCUUGCUAAAAUCGGACUGUCCCGACUGACUGUGUUAGCCGUAACUGACGUUUUGACAACUUGUGCAGAUGUCAUCAUUAGAGUCAAAGUGAAGAGGGUACAGUGGAUUGAUGGUAUCACACUUGAGCCGGAAAACUUCAUGACUCCGUGCUACUGUGUAAGAUACAGAAAAAGUUUACUUUGAUAAAGUAGAUAGUAAAAGGAGUCAUUUCUCAAGGUGGAGAAUGAUCGCCAGACAUUGCGACGUAGAUCUGUUUGCAUAUGAAUCUACAAUUUUUAUCCUUUUUCUUUUGCAUUUUGUUUAUUUUUAGGAAGCUGAAUUAUUUAUUGACACACUGACUAUGCCAACAGUUGUUAAGACGGUCAAGAAAACGUCUAAACAGGAAGAAUUUGAAUCCAGACGGUAAGCUCACCUUUUGAAUCUGUGUUUUUUGAGAACGCAAAGAAUGUACGACAAAGCUGCAAGCGAGUCCCGCUCGCUUAAUGUUCUUCCUCGGCCUCCGCUGACAUUCUGAAUUCAGGAGUUUGGAAAUUCAAUUGGAGUUCCUACAUUCAAAUAAAAUAGCUGUUUAGAGUUCCGACAUAGUGAAUUUAAUAGUUUGGAGUUCUGAUGUUCUGAAUAUUUCAAAUGUUUAGAGAACUGAGAUUCUGAAUUCGGUUGUUUGGAGUCCCCACAUUCUGAAUUGAUCAUAUCGUGAAUUGAUCUAGAUACUCUGUGUGCUUCACGCAAGGAUAAGUGUCUUGUUUAUCUUCUCAGGCUAUGGAAAGAUGUCACAAAAUGUUUGAAAGAGGACGACGUGGAAUCUGCUACCGGCUUUAAACACAAGGUAUUUUCACAACGUCAAGAUAGUUCAUUUAGCCAACCACAAUACGCACAGAAAUUCUAACGAACCAAUCAAAUUUUGAAGCAAAUACUUGUAGCGGGUACCAAUGGCGGGAAAAAGUGAGCGAGAAGUAGCAUAUAACGUUUCAAUUAGCCAAUCACAAAGCGAAGGAAUGCGAAGCCAAUAUCGUCACUAAAUUGCUCUUUUCAAUACUCAGUUGAAAACUGCUCUAAAGAGACUUACACUUUUUAAAUGCACUCUUUUUCUAGCCAAACUCACUUUUUUUAGUGUUAGGAGACAGGUCCACAUCAGCCUCUGGCUGCCAACCCCAACCCGCGUUAACAAAUAAAAUAUGUAUGUACUUAAUAAUUAAUACAAAAAUCGCGAAACUGUUCUUACCUGUUUUUGUUUGUUUGUUUGUUUUGUAACGUAGUUGGAAGAACGUCAGCGUGCAGAGGCCCGAGAAAGAAAAGAGAAAGGAACUUCUUGGGAAACGAAGGUGGGUCGUAAAUUAUCUUUUUCAACGGAGGGAUUUCCUAGGUCUACUCUGGGCACUGUUGCGUUACUUUGAACUGAAAGUAAAAUUUGCCCAGGUGUUUUGAUCAUUUUUGUUGUGUGUUGCCAGCGAAUAUAUAUCUAUGUUUUGCUAGUUUAUCCAAAUUAGCGUAAAGAACAAAUAAAUACCCCAAAGUACGAGCUUUAAAGCUACUAACCAACUCUGUGAUCGGUGUUGAACUUACUUCUGUUGUUUAGAUGUAACCUUGCAACUGUUCAACUGUUUAUUAAAUAUUGCAAAUUUUACAGCAAGCAAUAUCCACUGCCCGCAGUUAGCAGCUUAGCUGGUCGAGGCGAGCAGUGGUCAGCCCAUAGUAACACUAGCAAUUGUUUGCGUUUUGUUGAUAGCUGUUCCAUGAAGUUGGAGAAAACUGGGUCUACGACAAGCCGCUAGUGAAGAGGUUAUCAAAUAAAAUUCCUGUAAAAACCAAAUGAAAAAUAGAUUUCGUUGCAUUAGCCUGCUGCUUCUUCGACAUCGUCAAGUGCGUAAUUCAUGCGGAUCUUUACAUACUUGGUCCUCUUCAUCUCCUGUGGAAUGUAAGGGCUCGAAUUCAAGUGGAAUAUGUGAGGGAUAUUCAGUUAACGAUAGGAAGAUGUAUUUUAGUCCUCGAAUUUUCAUUCACUUUCAGCAGGAUGAAAGAAACAAUACAAAUAAUUUAAUAAUUUCGCUCCCAAGAAUUUCAAUCCUUUAACACGGCGCUGCGCAGUAGCCCUCAAGUGACUGAUCACAGAAAGGUAUCUCCUAGUUAAAAAGCUACUACUGACCAUCAAUGUAUUAAACAUCUGUAGAACAGCUAUAUAUGAAUCGGCACCUGAGGCUUAAGAGCAAUACAACAACAAUAACAACAACAACAACAACAACAUCAACAGCAAAAACAGUACUAGUCAAUUCUCUCCUUAAAUAUCAGCAUGAAUAUUCUCCACUCCCUUCCCCAUACGAUUUCGAUUGCACUCGUGAGAGGAAUUCAGAUUUUUACCUUAAUUUUGAGCGCAGCACAGUUGGGCCACAUACGUUAUAGGAUUGACUUGGGAGCGGACCCAUUCGUUAUAAUGUAAUUUAUAGUUAGCAUUAUUGUUGGAUUCCGUGAUAGCUAACUGUUAUUUUACACAGAGAUAUAGUUUUUUUGAUAAUGCAUAAGAUUUAGACGGGUAAUCAGAUGUAAUUUUUUUGAAUCUGAGUUUAACUCAGUUAGAGUUGUAUUCAAUUGUAUAAGGGUUAUUUGAGAAUAGGUAGGAAAUCAGAGUUCAGAUAUCGGGACUUAGUAAGCCUUUUUUAGGUCUGUUUCAGUAAAAACUGUGAGUGCAUUUGACAACUUGAAACAAGAAUUCUAUGUCGUUGUUCUCGUAAUAAGUUCACAUUAAGGGUUUGGCAUUAAAUGGAACUUUGCAUAAAUGAGGAUAUAUUUAUAUCAAGAUGCGUAAUUUUCAUUUUUGGGUUUUUGGUAAAGCACUACUUAAGCUUUCCUAUCAGUUUUCCUAAAGGCAGUUAACGUAAGGUUUUUUCUUUAGGCCGUUUUCAGGUUUAGGCUUUUUGAGAAAUACCAUAAUGUUCUUUAAAAUGCAGGUUUAACCGCGCCUUUAAGAAGAUAUGUUUCCACUGUUCUAAACGGAGUUAAGUUGUCGUUCCGGGUUGGAUUCAUAGGCCCGGAGACCUGUUCGCCGUUUGAUUUCAGUCAGAAAUCAGCUUUAAGUCUGGUUAAGUCCUCCAGAGGAGGCUUGGAACCAAGCGCGCCCUCAACAAGGGCGGGAUGGUUACUCCCAGGUGACAUGAGGCUAAACGUAAACGCUAAAGAAUAUUAUGGUAUUUCAGCAAAGGCGAUUUUUUUUGCUGACGUCAUACAUUGCAUUUUGCUUUAUAAGCAUAGACAAGGCACAAUAAAGAGGAGAAGAGUCGUUGCGUCACGUUGCCAUGGUAUCCAUUUCUGAGUCUCACAAACCGUGGUCCUGCAAAUACUGCAGGAAAAAAAUUGACAUGAGGGACUUUCCUGUGCAUGACAGAUUACACUCAGGAACAAAACGGUAGCUCGACAAUGAAAAUGGCUGUCUCUGUCAAAAACGAUUGUUGAAAUGCAGAAAUGUUGCUACCAUAGAAACGUGACGUCACACUUCUCUUCAAGUUGAUGAAAGUGGACUUUUUCCCCUUCUGUGUUUUAUAAUAUCAUGUGACAAUCUCAGGAGAUUUAAUCCUUUCCUUGCUGGACGUAAAAAUUGCUUCCCAGCAUGAUUAUGUUCUAUUUUGAAAGAUAUACCUCUCUAAAACUUUGUUUAAAGAUCUUUACCAAGAUAGUAAAGCAGACUGUAAUAAGGUUUACUGACGUAAAUAGCUAAUCUGAAAUUGGUAUCUUCGGUUGCUUUUGCACAGUAGAGAAGAUUUUUGUACAGAUGAUACAAGAAAAAUGAAAGAGGCUAUCAUUUGGCAGUCUGUUUCACUGUUUGAGCUCCCAUAGAAUGCCAAUUUUGGACAAAAUCGUUGCGCGUCGAGUUGAGUUUAGCUCGGGAAAUCUAAGUGAAGACUGAUUUGCACGACUGUCGUUCGUUUUCGUAUCCCAAGUCUUGUUUAAAGUUUCAUACAUUAGAUAAUUUAAAAUGACCCUCAACCUGCCUCUUCUUCCCAUCUUCUUCCCCGUCAUCUUCAUCAUAUCGCCGUAAUAAUUUUCCUAUUGAUUCACCUAUCAGUCCUUGUUAUCUUUAGUCCGUCAUCAACAGAGAAACAGAAAAAUUAGUUGACUGAAAACAAAUGGUGAUAUCUGAUUCCCUAAAAAAGGAUUCCCAUUAGAAUCUUAGAAAAAAUCUAGUUUUUAGCGGACAAUUCCUUUUUAGAAAAAGAGAGCGCAAUGCUCCAAGCUUUUUUAUUCGGUAUUUAGUUCUGAGAUUAAAAUGAUAAUUAGAAAAAUGUGUGAAGUUUUCCUCUUGCU